CUUCUCGCGACCGGCUUGUAGCGAGUGUCAGUGAGGUGUCAAAUAUCACAACAAACCGCUUCUGCUCUUGUGGUUACAUUCUGUGAUAUCAGUUUCUGUCAGCAGUAAUUGUUGCGAAGUGACUGUUACAAGUGAUGGAAACAACUUGAAGUGACCUGAAGUGAAGUGACGCAUGUGACUGACAGUAUGGAGAACGGCGAGAAGCACCUCGGAGCUCCCAAGGGGGUUCCGGGGGGCUUGUCGGGUUCCCCCAAGAGUCCGGGGACCCCUGGAAGUCCCGGGGGAACCAGCAGACUCCGGGAGUUCUACGAAAAGAUCUGGAGCGGCAGCGCGACCGGCUCUCCUAUCCACGACAAGACGACGACCGCAGUUGACGUCGCCCAGAUAGAGAAGCGCCUGGAGGACGAGCGCCGCCGCCGCAGGGAGGAAGGUUCUGACCUUAGGGAGAAGAUCACUCUCAGGCAAACCACCCCAAAGGCCAGAGAAACGACAAUAACCAGUCGAUGGGGAGGUGGGAGUUCGACGUCCAGCAGCGCCCACGAGUCUUUCGAAGAGAUGGCGGAACGCAUGGUAGAGGAAGGCGACAUGGUGGAGGUCGACGGAAAGUUGACGGGCGGGAAGAUGGUGCAGUUCGAGCGGGUCACAGUACACCGAUCAGUGCGGGAGUUCGCGCCGAAAGGGAAACUCGAAAAAGUCACCCUAAGCGGGGGAAGGGUCAACGUGAGCAGAACGCCAUCGGAAGAACAACUCACGAGGGAGGACUCGGCGUAUAGGAGCCUAGGUUCCCGCACCUCCUCGGUGACCUCACUGGCCUCGGGUCGCUCUGAGGAGAACCUCCUGGAGGAGCAGCAUCAAUGGUAUCAGGACUACCAGCAUCAAGCCUUCCGCCAAAACUUCUCCCGUAGCCGCUCCCAGUACGACUCGCACAUCCAGGAGAUCAGAGAUGAACAAGAGCGAGUGCAGAAGAAAACUUUUGUCAAUUGGAUGAACUCAUACCUCUCGAAGCGAGUUCCACCGCUUCGAGUGGAUGACUUAAUCGAAGAUUUAAAAGAUGGAACCAAGCUUUUGGCUCUACUCGAAGUCCUAUCUGGAGAAAAAUUACCUGUUGAACGAGGUCGCAAUCUGCGAAGGCCACACUUCCUUAGCAAUGUGAAUACUGCAUUACAGUUCCUACAAAGUAAAAAGAUAAAACUUGUAAACAUAAAUUCAACUGAUCUUGUCGAUGGAAGGCCUGCUGUGGUUCUUGGCCUUAUAUGGACUAUUAUCCUGUACUUCCAGAUUGAGGAGAACACACGUGCACUGGCAUCUCUGGGCCAUACGUUCGGCAGUGCAAGUAGCCUGGAGGGUAGCCGGACACCAGACCAUGCCACCGAGAGCAAGAGGAAGGGCGAAGGAGCUCGUAGGGCUCUUCUCUCCUGGGUCUCCAACGCUCUGCCCAAGGACAUUGGACUGGAAGUAAAAGACUUUGGCCGAAGUUGGCGGGACGGACUGGCAUUCCUUGCCAUUAUUGACCAGAUCCGCAAGAAUGUAGUGGAUAUGACUGCCCUGCGGCGAGCCACUAACCGGGCCCGGCUUGAAACUGCCUUUGAUGUGGCAGAGCGCGAGCUUGGUGUGGCCAGACUGCUUGACCCCGAGGAUGUAGAUGUGGACAGGCCAGACGAGAAGUCGGUGAUGACGUAUGUGGCCCAGUUCCUGCACAAGUAUCCUGAGUUACGCAGUGACACCGGCGACUCACUGACAGCCAUACAGAAUGAGUACAGUUCACUUACUCAAUGGCUCACUGAAAGGAACCAAUACCUGCAACACCUCCGUCAGACCAACUCUCUACCCAACAGCUACCAGGAGUAUGCUGCCUUUGAGAGUGAAGUGCAGAGCAGAGUAGAGUUGUACAACAAACUGCACCGAUUGGUCGACUCUCACAGUAUCAUCAGUAUAACUCACGAGUCUUGGCGUGAGAUUGAAAAACUUUGGAGACAGCUACAAGCAGAGAUGCGCUACUGGCUGAGACUUCUGGACUCACAGCUGCCACCUCCAUUCUGUCAAGUGGGCGACUGGCUUGCGCGCGCCGAGGAUCUCAUCGAGUCCGACGAUAUUCCCACUCUGAUGAAUGAGGAGACCGCCACCAUCAUCAGCAGGAAACUAGAGGAGCACAAGGCAUUCUUUUCGGAGCUGCCCAAUAUUGAAGCACUAUUUGAGAAGGGAGUAGCUUCAGGAGUGCAGUCACAGAUACCACCGCAGCAACUGGACAAUAUGGCUCGAAGACUGCAGAAUGUUGGCCCUCAGGCUGCACGACGUCGUGUGAGGCUCAAGUUUCUGGAACAUAAGUGCUGCCUGAUAGCUUUCCUUCACCUGACAGAGAGCAAACUGCGGGGAUGGACUGUAAAGUAUGGACGAGAAGACAAGGUGCAACACUUGCUGGAGCAGUACACCAACUUUGUGUCACGCAACCGCAUCUUCCAGGAGUUUAACAAAGCUUACAUAGACAUGCAGCAGGUGGUGGAGGAGUACAAGAGGGAUGGAAACAUAGACCAGAAGGAGAGCAUGGCAACAGAUCGCUUCAUGCGAGAGACGGCAGACCGGUGGAAGCACGUGUCGAUGGAGCUGCGCUGCGUUCAGUCAAUGCUGGAGGAGGUGGUGGCUUACUGGAGGCGCUGGAGAGUGCUGUCCGAGGAGCUGGAACAGUGGCUCGCUGUGGCUGAGACGAAAAUGGACUUACCAGAAGAAGAGAGGAUGGAGUUCUUCCAGGACCUGAGUGUAUGGAAAGACAAGCACCAACUGCUGGGUGACACUGUCAGUUUCCUGUUAGCUACCUGUGAGGACCAAGUUUCCCAGGAGCUGAAAGAUCGAUACCACAACAUCAACUCCAGAUGGGAAGCCCUCUUCCCGAGAGUGAAGCAGUACAUGCAUGCAGGAGACAUUCUACGCAACCGCAAGGACUACCGUGCAGGUGUUGAGCGGUUACAGACCUGGUUGCGUAAUGUGGAAACAUUCCUGACUUCAUCACAACUCACCUCUACUGAGAAAAUCAAAGCUUAUGGACAACAGUUGCAGAAGUUGCAACAGGAAGUGGAGGAAAUGGAAGAACUGUUCAAGAGUAUCAGCAAAAAGUUCCAGACACUGAUACAAGAUCUGUCAAGAGAAGAAGUGGACCGCAUGAUGAACACUCUUAAAAAGGAAAAAGAAAACCUUGUACGAGUGCGUGCCCUGAUCCCAAUGCAACUGCACCUGUUCCACCAGAUCCUGGUGCAACACGAGUCUCUGGAAGCCGGCCAGAAUGAGAUCUCUCAGUGGCUGGACAAUGCUGACAGCCUGCUCGACUCUCUCUCUGUCGCUGGUGGAAAGGAAGCUGUUCAGUCCAACCUUGAACGCCAUAAGUCUUUCUUCUCCCGGAUGCUGUAUUACAAAUCCAUGCUAGACAGCAAAAAUAAAGUGUUCCAAAAUAUUGUCAAGUCCCUAGACCAGAGUGAAGGCAUAGACACCAAUGACUUCAAGACCAAGAUGGUGGCUCUGAACGAGCGGUUCUCUGAUGUUGCACAGCGUGCUGUUGGAUGGGAACAGAAACUUCAAGAGGCCAUCCGCUGCUGGCACAAUUUCCGUGAGAUUGAGCGAGUAAUAACGGACUGGCUGCAGACUGCAGAGAAACUAAUUGCUGAGAAACACAUUGACUCCAAGCAAACAGUUGAGAAUCACAAGGCUUUCUUUGAACACAUCAAUGAACGGUGGCUGGGCGAACUGGUGAAUGCUGCCCAAGACUUGACCACUUGCCUGCCUCCUGAGGACCAUCCACCAGUCUAUAGCACUGUGGAGAAACUGCAAUCCAGGUGGAAGGAAGUGGUAUCAUUCGCACCUCUGCACCUGAUGAGGUUGGAGUUCCGAUUGGACGAGAACACGUUCAACCAAUAUCUGAAGGAGCUCGAGAAUGAAUUGAGUGCAGAGACUCAAGCAUUCAAUCGAAAUGAAGAUGUUGAGAAUAUACUUACCAGAAACAAAAACUGCUUCGUAUCAGGCAAGGUGGUGGCAGAUGUAAAGCGUUGUCUGGCAGACAUGACCAGGGUGGGGCUGGCCAUGAAAGGGCCAUCAGCAGUGGAACUGACAGAGACUGUGAAACGAGCAGAGCAAAGAUGGACAGACCUUGCAUCCAGAGCAGAACAUCUCAGGAACCAACUGCAACAGAUACCUGACAAGUGGAAGGUCUACAGACAAAGGUUCUCUGCAAUGGUUCAGUGGAUGGAUGCUGUGGAUGUCAGCAUCAAAAAUAUACUCAAGGAGCUUGCAACAGCUGAGGAAUUCGAAAAAGAAAAAGCAGUAUUCCAGGGUAUCUGCAGAGAGGUGGAUGGCAAACGCGAGGAGAUGAAGUGGUUGGUGCAGACUCUGGAUGCUUUGUCCGCACAUGCAGCAGACUCUCCUGAGGAGCAGAAGAAACUACAACAGCUGAUUACCAGAUACAAGAACCUCAUUCCCACCAUCGAGAUGACUGUUACCAGAACCGAACUGUACACCAAGUGCUACUCAUAUCGCAAGGAAGUCAAAGAAGUGUGUAAUCUGCUGGAGCAGGUUUGUGAGAGUACUCUGCCUAAGCCUGAGACGCUGUCAUCUGUUGACCAGCUGAUCAGACAGCAGGAGACAGCUGUUGCUCAGCUAGAUGCCCAGAGGGGCAACAUUGUCAGCAUGCUGCAACAGGGCAAAGACCUUAGCAAAGACAAGGCAGCACCUGAGUUUGUCAAGGAGCAAGUGAAAAGCCUGGAGACUGAAUGGAACCAAGCCUACAACACCACUCUCGACAAGCUCAAUCAGCUGAAAGGCACUCAGAAGGUCUGGCUGACAUACCAGGAACAGAAGACUGAGAUCCUAGCGCUACUGGAGCGGGCAGAGGAAGAGUUGCGACAGGUCGGUGGAGGAGCAUCGUCACGUCACGUGGCUGAGGAACUGAGAUCCAAGCAAGAAUUAAGCGUGGCACUGCGUGAGGCUACUGAGAACAUGUUGCGACGACUGCGAGAUUUGGGAUCCAAUCUGGUGGCAGUGGCUGCUCCCGAAAAGAAACCAAUCAUCACCAAAGAGGUAGCGGAGAUAGGGGAGAGACUGGAAGUGACUUUGCAACAAGUUCAGGAGAGAGUGGUUGUGCUGGAAAAGUUAGCGGCUCGCUGGAGCACUUUGCAGGCAGAAGUGGCUGGAGUGAAAGCAUGGAGUGUGGAGGCUCCAGUUGCUGUUCAGAGCUUGCAGACUUUAGAGGCCUCCCCACAAGACAAGCUGAGCAAGGCUCAACUCUUGCAGCAGCAGUUGGAUCAACGUGAGAAACUUAUACAGACACUCGACAAGGAAGCUCAAGACCUAGUGAGAGGUGGUGACAACGAGGAGGCCCAGCAGCUGAAGGCAGAGUUGGCUGUGCUGCAACAGUCAGUAGCGGAGCUGAAGCAGCAGAUCGCUGGCCAGGACACGGCACUCAAGCGACAGUCUGCACUCUGGCAGCAGUAUCAGGAACAGGUGGAUCAGUUACGGCCUUGGCUGGAGCAAGCAGAGCUGAAGGUCAACAUGGGGACCGCCAAGCCUUCUUCUCUUGGUGACGCUAGGGAUCAGCUGAGGACCAUCAGGAUAUUCGAGGAAGAGUGUGUGGAGAACCACAAGGUAUUGGAGAUGUUGUACACUCUGGUGCAAGAACUGCCUCCAACCUCAGCAGCUCAGGACACUGCCAGUGCUCUGCAGAGUCGGUGGCAGGCGGUGCAAGCUGCAGCAGCACAGAGAGCAGCCAAGAUGCAAAGACUGGUGGAGUUGUGGGACGAGAUGGAGGACACAGCUCACCAGAUGGAGUUAUGGUUGGCUAAGCCAGAGUUUGCUGAAAUACUCAAUUCUGACAUCAGCCCUAACUCCCUGAGUGAGGAAGAGCUGCGUAAACAGUUGGAGCAGCUCAAGGUGAUGAGUGAAGACUUGACAACAGCCCAAGCUGACAUGGCAUCACUGAACCAAACAGCUGAUCUGAUCUCACAGAGCAUUGCACUGGAGGGUGCCACAGCCCUCAAGAACCGUAUCCAAGAGCUAAAAGCCAACAGUGCCAAGCUAUCUGAUGCCAUCAGACAGAGAGCUAACCUGCUAUCUGAUGCUCUGGCUGCCAGACAAGAGUUUAGUGCGUACAUGGGCAAGUUUGGAGAGUGGUUGACAGUAAUGGAAUCCAAUACGGCGGAAGCAGGAGACAUGAUCCCAGCUGACCAGACAGAAGCUAGGGUGCAGACUCUGCACGCACUGCAGCAGGAACACUUGGAGAAGCUGCCAGUCUUCCAGGCCAUCUAUGACAAUGUGAAGAAGCUGACCAGCAGUGCUCACCCACAGGAGGCUGAGCGACUCAACCAAGCGUUCACUACGACUGCUGCCAGAUACCGGGAUCUAGAAGACAAACUGAGAAGCAAGAGGCAGGCACUAGAAAAGUGGGGAGAGCUACGCAACUGGAGCAAGGGAGUGCUAGAGCAGAUGGAACAUCUGAAGUACCAGCUGGAGUCAAACCAACCUCUAGAUCAACUGGAACUGGAACUAGACAAACUUCGAGCUGAGGUAGAGGAUUGGGAGGCCACAGCACGAGGUGUGGAUCUGUUGUGUGAACAGAGUGCCACAGAAGUCACCGGCAAGAGUGCAAAGUCCACCCUGCAUGAGCUUACAACUAAACUGGAGAUGUUGAGGGCACAGCUGUAUUCGAAGAAAGAGCUCCAAGCAAAAAUUGGAGUGCAAUGGGAAAAUUUUCAAGAAAACCAGCAAAAAUUAUCUCACUGUCUUUUAGCAACUCAAGGAAAGAUCCAAGAGAUAGUCUCUCAUGCAAAUAGUUGCCAGAAACUACCAGCUGCCAUCAAGGAACUUGAUGUCUUGUGGGAGGCCCAUAAUGCUACUAGAAGUGCCAAAGAUGCAUUGACUUCCCAAGGUAAAGCUUUAAUGGUGGAAGAUGAAAAGAACGUUAAUACUAUCCAGAAUAUUCUUUCCUCCAUCGAUGCUAAUUGGGACAAGGUUAAUGAUAUCAUUAAGGUUAACAGAGACAAUCUGUCUGCCAUAAACUCAGCUGCACAAAAGUUCAAUCAGGCAAAAGAUAAAUUGUAUGUUGCCAUUAAAACCUCUGAGCAGAAACCAAAGCCUGAAGAUGAACUGGCUAACGAUGUGACACAAGCAACAAUUGCAUAUGAAAAAAGCAAGAAAGCACUAGAUGCCUUGAAGAAAUCCAAGUCAUCUCUAGAUCAGAUGGAUGCUAAAGAACAGGAUAUUGUCAAACAAUCUGAAGACUUAGAACAUUUUAGUGUAUCUGAUAUACAGAAACAAUUGGCAUCUGCACACCAGGAUUGGCAAAAGGCACAGGAUAACCAAAACCAGCAAGUUCAAGCUGCAGAAGCUGAAGUGGUCAUUUGGAAGCAGAUUGACGAGGCUAAGAAUGAUCUUCUGCAGUGGCUCGGUGAAAACAAUUCAGCCAUGACAGAUGCAACUGAAAAUGUUACGGAUAGUGAAAUGAGUAAAACCCAUUUAGCAGCAUACAAAAAUGACUUAGAGAGUAAGCAAAAUUUAUUUUCCAACAUAAAAGCAAAACGUGCCCAACUUGUUAAAUUGCAUAAUGGGAAAACAAUUCCUACUCUGGUAUCCCUAGAAAACUUAUUAGAUGAGGAAUUUUCAGAUCUAGCUAACCUUGCAAAAAAACUUGAAGAUGUUACAAAUACCUUCGGGCAGAGUGAGAAAGCAAUAAAAGACAAUAUCAAAAUUGCAGGUGAUAAAGUUGGAAAAAUUCGUGAGAAGUUAAUGAAAUGCGAUAAUUUGACUGGAGAAAACGUGAAAAUCCUGGAGAGACUAAAGACUUGUCAAGGAUUAAAAGCAGAAUUGAACAAUCUAAAUUCUGAUAUGGAUAGUAUCAAUACAUCUGUUGAAGAGUUAAAAACCAACUUCCCAUCAUUUGGUGAUUCACCCAUUGUCAAAGAACUCAGUGGUUUGAACAAACGCUAUUCAGGUGUAGUGUCACAUGCCAAUAAAGUAGAGAAAACUCUCCUUACUUUCCUGACAAAAUAUCAUAAAGAAAAACUUUCUGCAUUACAAAGAAGUAUAGUGACAUACAGAGAAAAAAUCCAAUGGUGUCGUCCUGAACCUGGCAGUGAUAAAUACAAUUUGGAAGCUAAAGUUGCAUCUCUUCAGGAUCUUGAGUCAGGUUUGACUGAUUGUGAAAAUAAGAAAAUGGAACUUGAUGGAUCUUUUGAAAUGCUGCUAAAAGUUGAGGGAGAUGUAAACAUCCAGGAACUAAAAGGGGAGAGGGAUCAAGUGGAAAAAGAGUUAGCGGCACUCAAGGUAAAUUUCAGUGACACGAAGAAUGAUCUAGAUGCCAGCUUAGCUCUCUGGCACAAGUAUGAACAAAAAUCAGAGAGUAUGGCAUCAUGGCUUAAAGAUAUUGAGGGUCAAGUGAGAACUCAAGGUAGUGCACAAACUGAUUUGUCUACAGUGCCAAAAAAAGUUCAAGAAAUGGUAGUAUUCAAAGGACAAAUCGAGAAUAUGGAACCCGAACUUAAAGAAGUUGAAAAACUGGGAGAAGCAAUGAUGAAACAAUGUCCAGAAUCAAGGGUUGGUCACUAUGUUGGUCAGUUAGCAGCAAGGUAUCAAGCUGUCACAAAGUUUGUCAGUACGUACAUUGAUAGGCUUCAGGCUCUGAACAAAAACCAUGGGCUAUACAACAAUGCUGUGAAAAAAGCAGAAGCAUGGUUAGAUGAAGCCAAUUUAAAAUUAUCAAAUUUUGAUGAAGCUAUAAAAUCUGGAUCUAAACCUAUCUUGUAUGUAGAAAAGUUAGAAGAAAUAAAGAUGUUUAUUCGCUCGAGAGAAGCUGGUCAGGUACUUUUGAGCAAAGCAGUGGAACAAGGAGAAGCUCUGUUUCCUGAAAUAACACCAGCAAAUAGAGAAACUGUUCGUACACAACUGAGAAGUCUCAGAGAUGCUUCUGAAGCUCUGAUUGAUAAAGCAAAUGCCAUCACUAAGAGAUUGGAAGGUAUGCUGAUGCAACGUUCAUCGUUUGAUGAUAGUUAUGGUAAAGUGACUCAAUGGGUGUCUGAUAUUGACAAAAAAAUUGGGGACAAACUGGAAUUAAAGUCAACAUUACCUGAUAAGAAAAUCACUCUUAAUGGCUAUAGAACUUUGGCUCAAGAUAUAAGUUCACAUCAGACAAUUUUCAAACAGCUCCAAGAUAAAAUUGCAGUAUUAUCCGACUCAGAAGCUAGUAGCAAAUUUGAUGAUAUUAUGAAUGAUUACAAAAAAGUAAUGAAGAAAGUUGAAGACCGGGUGUCAGUGUCUGAAAAACAUGUGAUUGAUCAUGAAACAUAUGUUCAAGCAUUGGAAAAAUUCAGAGAUUUCUUGAAUAUUCUAGUUGCUGAAGAAGGGAAAUCUGAUAAAGACAGCACUGAUGCACAGUUAGGGAUCUUGGAGGAUUUAUUACUACAAAAAGAAGAGGGGGACAAACUUUUGGAUAUAUGCGAUGAAAAACUAAAGACUGUGGUUCAACAGACUGCAAAACCAGGCCAUGCUUUUCUUAUUGGGGAGCUUGAAGAACAAAAGAAAAAUUGGGCAGCUUUUCUUUCAAGAUGUAAUGAGAAUGUUAACAAACUAAGACAGCUGUGUAGCAGAUGGACACAGUUUGAAGAAAAACUGGAUAAUAUUAAUUCUUGGUUAAAGCAGAAGGAAAGUCAGGUAAAGGAUCAAAGUCUUAGAAGUACUCAAGAAGCUAAGCAACAACACUUGGAUAAAUUAAAGAGCUUGGAAGAAGAAAUUGUCAAGAAAUCUGAUGAUGUAUCUGCUUUGCAUGCUGAAGUAGCCGAAGCAAACCCUGAACUCAUUGACAGAGUGUCCAAGACAUCAACAAGAUACCAAGCCUUAAAAAAUCAAACAAAGGAGGCAGUGUCAAGAUAUGACCAAUUUGUCAAAGAACAUGCAGCCUUCAACAAGAGUAAUGCAGACUUCCAGAACUGGCUCACACAGACGCAGGCAGAGGUUAUACAGCACAGUGAGAUCGUUGGUGACUUGGCUGUUUUACAGGAGAGGCAAAAGAAACUGCGAGAACUGUCAGAUGUUCGUUCAAAGGAGAGUGCAUUGUUUGAGUCUUUGGUGGAGAAGGGAGAGAGGCUCUAUGCUCACACUUCUCCUGAUGGACGAGAGAUCAUCAGACAGCAACUACGGACACUUCGCACAAUGUGGGAUGGAUUCUCGGAGGAGUUGCAGAGUGGAACACAUCGUCUGGACCAGUGUUUGAUGCAGUUCGCAGAGUUCACCCUGGCACAAGAACAGCUCACCAAAUGGCUCAAGGGUGUAGAGAAGGCCAUGCAGCAACACACUGAGCUUAAAGCCACUCUGCAGGAGAAACGGGCUCAGCUUCAGAACCACAAGAUAAUGCACCAGGAGAUUACGUCACACCAGCAGCUGGUAGAGUCAGUCUGUGACAAGGCCCAACAGCUGGUGGAUCAAACUCAAGACAAGAGCCUCAAUAUUUAUCUGCAGAGCAUCAAACAGCUGUUCCAGAACAUUGUCAGCAAGUCACAGGAUCUGUUGGACAGCUUGGAGGAGAAUGUUGAAAGACAUGCCAAGUUCAGCGCUGGAUGUGAUAGUCUGCGGGACUGGGUGGCCGGUGAACGGGAGCGGUUGGAAGAGUGUGACGAUGGCACAGGAGAAAAGGCAGACAUCAAGCAACGACUCGAAUCAAUCAAGUCAUUGCGAGGCAAUGAGACUGAAGGCAACAAGAAAAUGGCAGAUCUCCAGACACUAUUUACUGUUCUCAGCAAGACGACCACUAAGAAAGGCAUCACUUUGCUAGAGAAAGAACUUAACAAACUGCAGGAGAGCCAGAAACAUCACAUAACUCAGCUCGAUGCUGUACAGAACCGCCUCGAAGGAGUCCUUGCCCAAUGGACAGAGUUUGAAACCAACCUCGACACCCACACAAAGUGGUUCCGAGCUACCGAAGUGGCAUUCCGAGACCAGCAGCUGGCAGCUUCUCUGGAACAGAAGGAACAGCAACUCAAUGCUUUCCGAGAGAAGCGGAAGCUCAUUGCAGACAAGGAGACAGAGAUUGAUACAUUUGUUGACAAGAGCAAUGCUUUGCUUCACGCCAGCGGAGCUGACAAAAUUAAAACAUUGAUAUCCCAAAUAAACAACAGGUACCAGCUACUGCAUGUGUUAAGUAAAGAAGUGAUCAAUCGAUGGCAGGGGUUGCUGGAGGACCAUAGAAUAUAUCGAGACAAACUAGAGGAGACGGAAGCUUGGCUCCAGCCACUGGAGUCACAGCUGGAGGCUCUACGUAGCAGUCCUGGAGCAGAUUGCUUGCCUAGGUUGCAAACCUUAGUGUCAGAAACAGAGCAGGCUCCCCAUCGUCUGACAACGUUGACCACUGCUGGGGAGAGAUUGUAUCCUGACACUGCAGCAGCUGGCCGUGAGACUAUCCGUCAACAGUUGCGGGAAAUACGAGACAGAUGUGACACUCUGGGAGAGGGCGUGAAGGAGCAGCUGAAGAUCCAGGAUGCAAAGGCAACACAAUGGUCUAGCUAUCAGGAGACACUCCAGUCUACCCUUGCCUGGUUAGAGGCCAUGGAGAAGAGUCUAGAUCAGGACUCCCUGGCAGCCCUCACAGCCCCUCAAGAGAUACGUGCCAAGCUUAUCAAGUAUAAGACAACACUGCAAGAGGUCCUGUUACACAAGAGAGUGCUGGAGAUGCUGACAGAGAAGGCAUCAGCAUUGGACUCUGGAGCUGGUGGGGAACUGAACACGGUAAAGGGCAUCAGUAACCGCUAUGAGCAGCUGGUGGACAAGCUGCUGACCACCAUUAGCCAGCUGGAGGACUCUCUGGAUGUCUUCCAACAGUUCACUGAGCUCGCCAAGACCCAUCAGGACUACCAGAAACAGCUGUGGGACAGGCUGUCCUCCUUCACUGACUACAGUGGCAAUAAAUCUACUAUAGAAGCUCGGCUCAAUAAGGUGAUUGAGAUACAGGAUGGGCUCCAUGAAGGUACAGCAAGAAUUCAGCAGUUGGAGCAACACAUUGCCUCAAAAACAGGGAAGAUUCCGGCCAGAGCAAGGGAGGUCAUGGAACGGGAACUGAACAACCUCAAGUUUGAUUCUGGAAAGCUAUCGUCUGCAGUGAGUGAUGUGCGCCAGGGUCUGGAAGGCCGAUUGAGCCAGUGGGCCGAAUAUGAGGGGUCCAUGGACCGUCUGCUGUCCUGGCUCUCAGAGUCCGAGAUGGCUCUCAAGAACUACUCCACUCUCAACACUCUCGAGGAAAAACAGGAACAACUGAACAAGUACCAGUCAAUGUUGGUAAGCCUGCGCCAGCAUGAGGCAGAGCUGGACAAGAUGACAGACGAUUCCUCAGAACUAGUCCAGAUGUCGGGAGAGGCUAAAAUAUCAGUCAACGUUCAACAAAUAACCUCCCGCUUCCAGUCCAUUCAAACAACAGCAAAGGAGAUUGUGAAGAAGUGUGAACAAGCGGUGAGCGAUCACGAGGUGUAUCUGUCGAAGUACAAAGAGUGCUCGAACUGGUUGACCAAUGCACACGCACGCUAUCAGUCAUGCAGUGAUGCGUCAGCAUCUGCUAUGCAGCAAGAGCUAACAGAGCGCAGUGCACGCCUGAACACACUGGUAGGUGAGCGACCAACUGCCACACUGUUGCUGCACGCCACAGUGGAGUUGGGUGAGAAGUGCUAUGCCACAACAGCGGUGGAAGGUCGGGAGACUAUCCGUUCUCAACUGGAGGAACUCCAGCAAAGCCUGGACUCUCUGUAUGAUGGAGUCUCCAGCCUAGAGAGGGAACUGCAAGCCAAACUGUCCAGGUGGAGCGGAUUUGAGGAGUGUGUAGAAGGAUUACUGAAGUGGCUAAAAGAAGCAGAAACUUCCCUACCUAACGAACCUGAACUCAAGGCCACACUUGAUGAGAAGAGAGCCCAACUGCAAGUUUAUAGGGCUGUUCUGCAUGAUGCUACAAUACACAACCAGGACAUUGUCGAGCUGAGGGACAAGAUUGAGUCUCUGCCGGAACACAAUGCGCAGGUUGAGCAGCAGCUGGCGACCAUAACCACCCAACACGCCAAGAUACUUCACAGGGCACAGGAAUUUGUUAAGUUGUAUGAGGAGAUUGUGAGCAACCAUCAGUUGUACAGCAAAGCGGUGAUGGAUGCCCAGGAGUGGUUGGACGCUACCCACAAUACUGUGCUGCUCUGGGGUGACACUGACCUGGAGAGGAUCUCUCUGCAUACCAACCUCGAGAGGCUUAAGAACUUGCAGACAUCACUGCCAGAGGAAGAACCAAGGAUCACCGGAAUCAGGACUCUGGGAGAGAAGGUGUUGCCUGGAACUGUGGACUCCGGACAAGUAAACAUCCGAGCCCAGAUAGACUCAUCUCAGCAGGAAUGGGAGGGAUUGCUAUCUGCCAUCAAGUCCACUAUGGAAGCCCUGGAAGCUAAGCUUCAGCAGUGGACAGACUAUGAAGCCCUGAAGGAGCAGUGUCUGGCGUGGUUGCGGGAAACAGACACAAAACUGCAUGCAGUAGACCUCAAGGCCACCUGCAGCGAUAAGCAGCAACAGUUGGAGGUGCUCAAGGCACUGCAAGGAGAAGUGCUGGCCAAGGAGCUGGAGAUGGACACAGCUACAGAGAGAGCUCAGCAGCUACACAAGGGCAGUUCCCGCAACACUCAGAUUGCAGAGUUGGCUCAGAAGUACCAGCAACUAUCCACUAAAGUCAAGGGUAUGACUACCAGAUGGCAGCAGUAUGUCAACAGCCAUCUGGAGUUCGACUCUCACAUUGCUGAGACCUCACAUUGGCUGGAGAACAUCAAGAGCAAGCUCCAAUAUUGCUCAGACCUCAGUGCCUCUUCUCAGAAAGAUCUGGAGGGAAAGCUUGACACCAUACAGGACCUCCUGCUGUACAAGGAUGAGGGUUUCAGCCGCAUCCAGACGUCAGUGGAGCUGGCCCAAACAGUUUUGGCCAACACAGCCCCUGCCGGCCAUAUGGUCAUCAACCAGGCCUUGGCUGAUUUGCAAGAACAAUGGAGCAACCUUGCCUCGAAAAUGGUGGAGACCAAGACAAUAUUGGAUGAGUCUAUACACAAGUGGGCAGGUUUCUUGGAAAAUAUCCAGCAGCUGAACAAAACCGUGGAGUACUUGGACACCUCGUAUGCCGAGAUAUUCCCCUUCCAGACUACCAUGAGUGAGAAGCGGAACCAGCUUGAGCGAAUUAAGCACUUGGAUGAGAAGGCACGCUGUGAGAAGAUAGAAGUAGAGGGGCUGAAGGCUAAGGCUUCUGAGAUGUUAGCCAGUGGACAGCAGAGUCAUGCAGCUACUCAAGCUCAAGAAAUCCUGCACAAGUUUGACACACUCGCCAAUAAAAUCAGGACUCUGCUGGGAGAGAGGGAGGACCAGUACAGAGACCACAGAGUGUACAAGGAAUCUCAUGACGAGCUUGUUGGUUGGCUAAACCGUGCCAGAGAAAAGAUUCCUUCCUUGAAGCAGCGAUCACUAAGUGACAAACUGGCAAUUGAAAGUGCUGUUGCCCCAAUGGAGCAGCUUCUCAACAAACAGGCUCAAGGGGAGCUUCUGGUGGAACACAUGCAGAAUACAGGAGAGGUGGUGUUGGCCAGCACCAGUCCUGAGGGUCAGCAACUUAUCCGGAACGAGAUACGAGCACUAACAGAGAGUUUCCAUAACCUGUUUAAUGAAAUCAAACAGCAGAAGGAGCAGGUAGAGGCGAUGGUAGUGCAAUGGCGAGACUACAAGGACGAGUACGAGAGACUUUCUGAUUGGCUGCAACAGAUGGACAUUCUCGUGAAAGCGCAGAAGAAUGCACUUCUAGCCACCGUACAGGAGAAGGAGAAACAAGUUAAAGAUGUCAAGGAUGUUCUCAACCAGCUGGAGAAGGGACAGGAACAGAUAGACAGGUUCAACAGCACAGCGUCUGGACUGCUGGCCUCGCAUCUGGACACUUACGUCAACAACCAAUUGAGGCAUCUUAACUCCCGAUAUCAGGUGCAAGUAAAUCUUGCAAAGGAUGUUUUGAAGAAGGUGGAGACAAAUCAUGACCAACACAAGCAGUACGAGGACAACUUACGCAAGGCACAGUUGUGGAUAGAGAAUGCCAAGGAGGUGAUACGACAGUGCAGCCAGGCCUCUAGUAAUGCUACCCGAGAGGAGCUGCAGUCCAGACUGGCUCAGAUACAGGAUUUGUUACGCAAUCGAGAAGAAGGGCAAAGUUUGAUCCAUGCGACAGUGAACUGCGGAGAGAAAGUGUUACGCAAUACUCGUUCUGAUGGCCGGGAGGUCAUCAACAACCAGCUCAAAGAGAUACAGAACGAGUGGGAGAGAGUGGUGCGCAAGAUAUCCACUGCGAAGGUUCACUUGGAGACAAGCCUACUACAAUGGGCUGAUUACUCAUCUUCCUACUCUCAGCUUCAACAGUGGAUCACAGAUAGGGAGGCAAAACUCCAACAAGUUUGUGAACAAAAGGUGACCAAAGCAAAGAAAGGACAGGCUUCUGGGCUGAGCUCGCUGGCUAUCGGUGAACGCAAGGCUACGCUACGCCAGACCAACAGUAUCAUGCAGGACAUUGUCAGCUUCCAACCGAUGAUCCAAUCGGUGGCCAGCAAGGCUGAGGAUCUCCAGCAGGCAGCUCCAGCCAACGAAAUCUCCAGCAAGUACGAGAAUCUCAGCAAAACAGCACAAGAGCUUUAUGCCAAGCAGAAGGAAACAGUAGAGCAACACCAAGCAUUCAUUGAUGCAGGCAACGAAUUUGGCCAAUGGUUGCGAGCAGCAAAGGAACGCCUGGGCAAGUGUGCUGAACCCACUGGGGACAAGGAAACACUCAGUGGCAAACUAUCACAACUCAAGGUACUGCAGAGUGAGCUACCAGUUGGAGAGGAAAAGCUACAAAAAGCUCUACAACAGGGAGAGGUCACCUGUGGAGUAGCUGAGCCUGAGGACAAGGAAGUGAUCGAGGAGGAGGUGGCCAUCUUACAAGAGGAGUUUGACAACUACACAGACAGUCUACAGCGCACCAAAGUGCUGCUGGAGGAGGGUAUUGUCAAGUGGACUGAGUAUGAAGAACAACACAAGGAAGCUAGUGACUGGCUGAACCAGACAGAGACUCUUGUGAGAUCUUUUAACAAGCUCCAGGAUAGUCUGGAGGAGAAGAAGAACGUCUUGGAGCAGUUCCAAGUUCACCUGCAAACCUUGUUUGACUGGCAGAAGGAGCUUGAUCGACUCAACAUGAAGGCUCAGAUUCUGCUGGAGACGUGUGCAGACACUCGCAUUUCCAAUGCCGUAACUCAGCUGACAACUAAGUACAAUGCUCUGCUGUCCCUCGCUAAGGAGAUGAUGAGGAGACUAGAACUGCACUACCAGGAGCACCAGCAGCACAGCACCCUGUACCAGGAGUGCCAGGACUGGGUAGACCGCACCAGGGACAAGGUAAAUGAGUGCCAGGAGAUUCCGACGACACUGGCUGAGGUGAACAACCGCUUGCAGAGUGUGAAGGCCAUCAGACAGACAUUGGAGCAGGGACAGAACAGACUGCGGUACGCUCUAGAACUGAAGGAGAGAGUCAUCCUCAACACCGAGGUAAACGGAGCAGCCAAGAUACAAGAGGACACUGACACACUGCAAGCAGAGUUGGAGAAAUUGGUCCAGGAUGUCCAGGAUGUCAGACAGCGCCUCACCAAUAGAGCGACCCAGCUGGAGGAGCUGCACAAGGCCAACAAGCUGCUCUCCGAUUGGCUGAGUGACAUCGAAGGCAAGGUGAACCCUGCCGACAACGGUGACCUGCUUUACUCUGACCUCAGUGAGAAGCGAGCCAACUUGGAGAAGUUCCGAUCACUGCUACGAGAGAUAACAAGCCAUAGCGAGUUGGUUGAGCGAGUUAAAAGCCGAUUGGCCGAUGAUCCAACACUCCCAACAAAAGAAUUCCAGCCAAACUUGGACAAGUACAGGGAACUUCAGGACACAGUGACCAGCAAUGUGGGGCUGCUGGAAGCCUACGUGAAAGACCACGAGGCAUACCACAGCGCACACUUGGAGGCACUGGACUGGGUGCGCAAGACACGUAUAACCGUGCAGCAGUGUGGUGACUGUCAUGGAGAGAAGCAGGCUACCAUGGACAAACAGUGGAAGAUCAACGAUAUCGCCAACACUCUGCCUAUUGGUGAAGGGUUGGUGCAGAAGGCCAUCUCAGCCAGCGAGAGUGUGUUUACAUCUACUCGACCAGAGGGCCAAGAGCCGCUGCGUGCUGAGACACGUCAGCUGAACGCUGACUGGGAUAGUCUGCGCAGCCUCAUCACUGACACACAGAAGACACUCAGCAAGUGUCUGUCAGCGUGGGGUGACUUCAAUGAUUCCAGGGAGCGUACUAAGACAUGGCUCUCCGAUUUCCAGAAGAAGGUGGAUGCUGAGACAGACGAUGGAGACACAAAGACUCCCGAGGAUCUGGAGCGGUGUCGAGCAUUGCUGGCUGAGGUAAUCGCACACAAGCCUGCUGUAGAGGAGCUGAGUGACCGCUGUGAAGCUCUCAUGGAGCUGAGUGCCUAUCCCUGGGUGCGGGAUCAGACUGUACAGUUGCAGAGCGCCUACACCAAUGUACUCACCAGUGUCCAGGGUCUGGUAUCGAGAGUGGAGAAAAACCUGUCAGACCACACUGAGUUCCUGAAGGCCAGACAGGAGGUGGAGGACUGGCUAGCUCGUGCUCAUGGCACCGUUAAGGACUGUGUCGGCUCUGGAGACCUGGCCUGGGCGAGAGACAAGCUGGACACCAUCAGACUUGUGGCCACUCGCAUUACCGAGGGUCAACACCUGAUGACAGGCAUGCAGGAAGUGUUCAGCCGAGCAGUCAACACGACACCGAGCGACCAGCAGGACUCGUUGCGGGAAGCUAUGACAGCCCUGCGGAACAGUUGGGAUCAGCUCAAUAUGGACCUUAACUGUGUGACUGCGCAACUCAAGGCACUUGUGGCUCGAUGGGAAGACUUCAAUGACUCCAGGAAUAAGCUGGAGAGCUGGCUGACCGAGACAGAGCAGAGGCUGGCUGAAAAAUACGAUACACGGGCAGAGCUUGGCGAGAUGAAAACACUACUUGAGAGGUUUAAACACAUCCAAGAGGAGAUUGAGUCCCGACGGCCUGAUCUGGAUCACUUGCUGGAAGAGAGUGUGGAGCUUAGUCAGUGUGCCAAGAAAGAUGAGGCCAAGAAGCAUACAAAAGAACUGGAAGCUCGCUGGGACAAACUGAAUGUGGAUUGCAAGGCCAAGAGAGAGUCUGUAGAGCGGGAGAUUCAGGAACACUCGACAUACCAACAGUCACUGCAGGACACAGAGAAAUGGCUAUUGCAGAUCUCCUUCCAGCUGAUGGCUCACAACUCACUGUACAUCACCAACCGGGAGCAGACUCAGGAGCAGAUAGUGCAGCAUGAUGCUCUUCUGGCUGACAUCCAGAGAUACCAAAGCACUCUGGACGAUCUGAAGGAGAAGGGUCGAAGCCAGAUACAGCGUUACGUGAUGGCAACUCCGGACAUCCAGCCAGUGAUCGAGCGGCAGUUGAGCAAUGUGCAAGAGAGCUACAACUCGCUACUGUACACAGCUCAGCAGAUCAAGGCGAGGCUCAGCGACUCACUGGCCAAGUUCCAGCAGUACGAGGACACACUGGAGAGCAUAAUGGCGAGUCUGGACGAGUGCGAGCCACUGGUCACUCAGGGAGUGGGUGAUCCGCUCACACUUGCCGAAGCUCAGGAACAGCUGGAGCAGGCGCGGGUAGUUCAUAACCGCCUUCAAGGGGAGAAGACUCGCCUGGCAGUGGCUGUGCAAGCGUGUGAGGCAGCGGCCGCCUGUAUCUCCCGGCCUUCCUCACCCCAGGACACUGCCCAUGCACCGAUACCUGAUCGUGAGAUUGCUGUGAGGGUACGGCUAGAGGAUCUCAUCGACCAGGCACAAAACCGUCUCUCUGCAUUGACAGCUGGUGUCUCUGAACUGGAGGAAAGAGAUCGACAAUUGGCUUCACUUGGACAGUGGGUGGCAGAUCAACGAACUCAGGUGACAGAGUGGCGUGCACGACCAGCCAAGCUGAGAUCAGACGCAGCACGUGCAGAACUGACAACCAUGCAGGAGAUGCUAGGGACUCUUGGCGACAAGAAAAUGCAGUUGGCUACAGAAUCGGGAGCGCAGCCUGAGUUGGAGGCUCAGCUGGACAGUCUGGAGGAUUUGCUGAUGGAAACCCUGGCUAAGAAACAAGGGGAGCAAGCAUUGAUAGACGAGUAUCGCAACAGUCUGGCCAACACACAGACAUACCUGGACUCUCUGGGCAAGAAAUUGGAUACACUGGAGCGAGGCAGUGGUCUCGACUGCCAACACAAGCUCGCUACUCUCGCUGAGGUGGGACUAGAACUUCAAGAACAUGGCCUACCAAAGGUGGAACAGACAAAGACACUAGCCAACAAUGUGAUAGCUGUUGUUAGCAACUUGGACUCUCAACAGAUUGAGGAUCAGGUGAAGUCAAUAGAAAGGCGGUACAAUGAUGUGGCCAAACGGGUGCAGCGCAAGGCGCAGGUGCUGGCCGUGACACACAAGGGACUGGAGGCAGCGCAAGGCGAGAUCGGUCAGGCCAGGGAGUGGGUACGGGAGAAAAUGGGUUUUGUUAAUGCACCUCCACCACUCGGUUAUGAGAACAAAGCGACCGAAGAACGACAACAACUGCUCAAGGCAUUGCUGAAGGAGGCUGAAGGGAAGCAGUUGUUAGUAGAGUCGUUAGACAAGCGAAUGCAGGCCCUCCAUAGUGAACUGGAGCCCAGUGAGAUACAACAAGUAGAAGGCAGCUUGCGACUGCUGGAAACAGAGGUUGGAGAACUGAGCGGCGCACUUAAGGGUGAGAUCGAGCGUGUGGGUAGCGCAGCAACCCAGCGCAAGCAGUUUGAGGACAAGUUAGCAGCGGCUCAAGCUAGACUGAGAGACCUGGCGACAGAGGACCUGGACCCCAUAAAGGAACAACCACUGACUGCUGCGGCUGUAGAAAGAGAACUAGCGCAUUUCAAGGAGUUUGAGACUUCACUGAAGAAGUUUGGAGAUACAGACCUCGCACCACUACAGAAGCAAGCCAAUACUCUCAUGAGGGACUGUGAUGAAGCGGACAAAGCCAAACUCCAAGCUGUCAUUCAAGGACUCACCAAGGAAUAUGAAGGCCUCCAAAAGAAGACACACAACAAGGUGACUGCACUGGCAGACCUGCUAGCAGGUAGGAGGAAGUUUGAGGUGGAUGUGGAGGCGUGCCAGGCGUGGAUGAAUGAGGCAGAGGUGGCUCUCUCGGCUGAACUCAGAACAGCUAACCUGGAGCUUAUUCAGGAGCAGUUGAACAAGUAUGCCAAAUUAAACGAGGAGUGCCAGCGCGUGGGUGGGGAUUUGGCGCAGCUAGAGAAGUCAGGCCGACAGAUGGUGUUGAGUGCACCGGACCUUCUGACACUCACAGAGAACUUCAACUGUCUCCAUGAGCGCCAUACACGCAUAGCUGCCAGUAUUAGGGAUCGCACCAAAGCACUGGGAGCUGCGCUUGAGAAGUGUAAGGAGGCGCAGCAGCGUGCCGACCAGAGCCUCGCACUUUUUGCUCGCAUCCAGGGAGAACUCAAGGACCUCCAGAAGCCGAUUGGCAGCAAGGUGGAGGAUGUUCAGGCCAUGCUUGACAGUUACCAGAAACUGUUGGAUGACUUGAAGAACUGGAAGAACGGUGUGGGCGAUCUGGAAGGUGUUGCCAAUCUACAGAGCAUUGUGCAGCAGCAGGAGGAUCUGAUCCGGGCAAUAGAAGACCAGUUGGAGCGACUGCGACAACUACUGCUGCUACGGGAGCAGUUCAUCGCUCUCAUCGCUGACAUCACAACAUUCAUCGCUCGGUACACUGAAGUCAUACGAGACAUCGAGACUGGUGGGCACACCACACAGGAGAAGAUAAAAAAAUAUGACGAUGUAAUAGUGAAGAUCCAGGAGUGCGAGGCUCUGCUGGCAGCAGCGACGGACAAAGGCGAGCAGAUUGCAGCUGAAGGUACAGCGGCUGACCGUAACACUAUCACGGAGCAGCUGCAGAGCCUGAAGCAGCAGCUGACAGCUCUGCGGAGAGCAGUGGAGCGGCAGAGGCAGCAACACGAGGCGGCCGCAGCAGAACACAUCAAACUGGCAGCAGAGCUGGACACAGUGCUGGAGUGGCUCCACAGUCAUGAGGCCGAAGUCAGGUCUCGCCCUGUCCUAAACAUUGACGUCUCUAGUGUACAGAGAGAGCAAGAGAAACAUAAGGAACUGGCAGCAGAAGUAGAGGUAUACCUUGCGAGAGUGAGAGCCGCACAGGAGUCUGUGAGACAUGACGAGGGGCUGCCAGGAGAGCUCACAGAGAGACUCAGUGAGGCCAACAUGCUUCUCACCACGUUACCACCCCAGCUGCUGGAGCGGGCCAAGUAUCUUGACGACAACAAGAGAUAUCGAGAGGAGUACCAGGUCCUAGUAGAGAAGUUGCAUGCUUGGGUUGGUGAGGCAGAAGUAAAGCUGGAAGCUGGAAAGGACGGGGUUGAUUUCGAAAAUAUUGCUCAUGAUCUAGAGGAUCACAAGCUGUUCUUCAGCAGCGAACCGACAAUUCGAGAACUGGUGUCGCAGCAGAUUCAGGCAUCAGCCAACGAGAUGUGGCCAUCGCUGAGUGCCACGGAGCAAGAAGAGCUGAGCCUCAAGCAGCAGAGACUCACUCAACUGCUCAAGAAUACCCUCAACUUGGCUAAGAGCAGACAAGCCCAGUUGGAGCAGGAUGUGGAAGUGUGGCGAGACUAUGUACAGUCUCUGGACAAAGUGAGGGCAACACUGGCCAGAGCACAGUUUACUGAUGAGCCGGUCACCACCCUGGCCGGGGUACACUUCAACAUACAGAAGAUAGUGCACGCCCAGACUGAUACUGAGCACCACCAACCAGAGAUGGAUCUGCUGAAUGAGCGGGCUGCUGAUAUACAGGGCAAGGCCAACAGCAGCAGCAAGGCAGCAGUAGCUGCUGAAGUAGAGGCAGUAGCACAUCAGUGGGCAGGACUGCUGGCAGACCUUACUUCCCGCAAGGAGACUCUGCAGGGACUCGCAGGACAUUGGGAGGAAUUCGAGACAAAAAUUUUGGAGUUUGAAUCACUUCUUUCAUCUGCAGAAGAGAAGAAUAAACACAUGGAUACUAUUGUUCGCUCCAAACCACAAAUCACUGAAGUCAACCAGGCUGUCCAGGAGUUCCUGGCUGAGGUUAAGGGUUAUCAGUCACAGCAUGAGGAAGUAUUGUUCCUGUCAGGUUCGGUGCUGUUGUACCUCGACACGUUCUCACCCGCCUCGGCCACGCUACUCAAGGACAGGCUGAACGGCAUCACUGACAACUACAAACGAUUGAUCGAGUCACUGGAGGAGAAGGGUCUCCGAGUGCACGAGGACUUGUUGUACAUUGAGCAGACUCAGGCGGACAUUGAACGCCUCAGCAAGGAGUUGGGUGGCUUACAACGAGAGGCUGAGUCUCUAUACGUAUUCGGGCAAGACCAGGACGCUGCUGAAAAGGAUCUCAAGAGCUUAGAGGAGAGAGUGAAGGAUUGCGUAGGCCGAGUGAGUGGCCUGUGCUCCAGCACACGCAAUAAGUAUACAACCUCUCAGCAGCUGGUGCCUACUGACAUCGCACAACAGCUGACCUCAUUAGAGCUGAUAUCGGAGGGUGUCCAAGGAGCAAUGGAGGAGAAGGGGAGGGAGCUUAAGCGAGCGCGCACUGUCCGUACUGAGUAUACGGCAGAUGUGGACGAGAUACAGCACUGGCUGCGUGAAGCCGAGCUUAAGGUACAGGACAGAAGCGUACAACCUCAGAAACUCAAGGAGUACAUUCAGCAAAUCCAAAGUGAGCUGCCGAGUGUGACUGACCGACUGGACAGGACACGCCGCAAUGGACAGACCAUCCUUGAAAAGUCAACUGAUGAGGAGGAGAAAAAGUUGAUUCAAAGUACUCUAGACUCUCUGACCGAGCAGCUGGGACUGGUUAAGUCUUGGCUGGAUGAGAAGAAGAACCUGGUUGGAGACACCUUGGAUGCCUGGCAAAGGUUCAUGACUCUGUAUGAUUCCGUGAUGGCUUGGGUGAAGGAGAAGGAGACCUUCCUCGAGGAACCGCUAACACUGACAUCCUUGCCUCAGGCCAGACAGCGACUACAAGACUACUCUACUGGAGUGAAGAGCUGCAAGCAAGUGACAAAGCACUUGAGUGAGAUGAGUAAGGAACUGGAGACCUUGACCCAGACCACCAACGUGGCCGAUCUGCCGGAAAAGAUGGAGCAGGCGGAGGCUGCCAAGACAGAGGUGGAGGCCUUGCUACUUGAGAGGAAUGCUCUGCUCCAUGAAACCAGUGAGGAAUGGGAACAGUGUGAGAAAAAGAUGAAGGAGAUCCGCACCUGGAUAGAGAAAGCCCGGACUAGCCUGGAGUCUGCACCCAACAAAAAACGGCCAAUCAGAGACCAGCUUCUACUACGAGAGAAGAUGGUGGCUGACAUUGCCAUUCAGAAGUCCAAAUUGUCCAUUUCAGUUGAAAAACUCCAGCUUCACUUCCGCUCCGGUGUGGGUGGUGACACCAAAGUAACGCAGGCUGCGGAGGAACUGCUGCAGGAGCUGGAGUUGCUGCACGCAGCUGUCAAGGAGCAAACAAUUGCACUGGAGACCACUCUGCAGCAGAUAGAGCGCUACCAACAGGAAAUACAGCAGCUGAAACAACAAGUGGUGCAGGUGGAACAGCAGCUGAGGGUGGUGCUCAGCCCCACAUACUUGCCCAAUGACCGAGAGAAGGCAGUGGAGGACCAGAACGCAUGCCGGGAGCGUGUGAAGGCUCUGCAAGGGAAGAUUUUCGCUCGAUCUGAGCGAGUCAAACUAUUGGUGCUGAGGGCAACGCCAGACUUGGAUCCCUUAAUAGACUCUUACAUGAUCCCUAUUCAGGGUCUUGCACGGGAGAUGGAUUCGUGCCGAGAACGUGUCCAAGAACUGACCCGACUGAUAGAAGACGCCGAUCCGGUUCUGGCAAAAUCACCAGAGGUCGUGCAGGUGAUUUCCUUUAUCAAGAGAACUGCAAGCAGACCCACCAUUGUGACCACAGAACUGUUGGAUCCCUGUGAUAAACUUUCGUACGCUGAUAUUGCUGCUGGUCGAGUCAGCCCUUGCCCGUUCUCGGACACACCUGCUGAUAAGAGAACAGAGACUCCCACUCAGCUGGUGGUCACUAAACCCUUGGUCACUAAACCUAUGGUAGUUAAAAGUAUGGAAGAUGAUAUGAUGGCCAAAGAACCAAUUACUACAAAAUCAGAGGUAGUAGAAAUUGAAACUUCUCCAAAAGGAACAAAUAUUGAACCAAUGUUUAAAGAAACAGGUGAUAAAACAGAGGAUAAAACUCAAAGGCGUGGUCGUUCACCUUUUCGUCGUGAAGCUCCACGAGAUAAUCAAAAGGCAGCUACAAAAUUGCCCCCGAAACCAAUUCCAGUUGAAUCAAAAUUAAAACAAACAAAACCACAUGAUGAUUUAGGAAAAUUGAAGUCUGAGGAUCAUGCUAAAGCACUAGCCCAAAGGUUAUUAGCACCUGAGUCUGUCCGUGGAAGAUCUCCUAGUCCAUUAUUCAUCCCAGGUGAAUCAGCUUCUUAUGCACAAAUGGUUAGAAGUGGAUCUAGACCACAGAGUAGAUCUGUUACACCAGACAGAAUUAAGGAAUCACUCACUGUUCUAAAUGUCAAGGCCUUAGAACAACCCAAAUCUCAAAUAAAAAAUGAAAAUAAACAUGUAGAAGAAAAUUCGAACAAUGAACUGGAAGUUGGUUGCAUUCCACCAUCUGUUAAUGAACCAGUAAUAACUGAAAAUGAAAAAUUGACAAGUUCACCAAAAGUUCAAAAGAAAAUUAAUCCUGAAACAAAUAAAGAAACCGCUUCUGAAAAGUUAAAAACCCCAACUAAAGGAGAAAAGACUGCUGAUAGUAAAGCCAGUAAAGGAGAUAAACAUAUUCCUGCCAAAGGUGAUAAGAGACCUGGCAUCAAAGAAGACUCUAAGAAACAAAAACCAUCAGGACCAAAACCAUUAGCUGAAAAGAAAAUAGAAACUGCAGUUUUACCAAAAGAAUUAAAACCCAAGUCUCAAUCUAAGUCAAAGGUAGAAAAAAAGCAAGCAUUGAACCCUUUACCACCAAUUGAACAAGUAGUUCCUCCUAUCCUCCCAAUUCAAUCUGAAAUUCAGAUUUCUGAUUAUCAGGGUCUAGCUCCAGAGUUGCAAUAUUCAACUACAGCUUUUACUGAUACUCAAGGUGGACUUCAUUAUCCACCAGGCCUAUUUCCAUCUUACAUAGGGCCAGAAGGCGAGGUAGCAAGCUUCAUUGCAUCAGGACAACAGCUGAUCAGUUCUGGUUUGGGAACUUAUACUACUUCACAGUCAUAUUGUGAACAACCACUCUUUGUUGGAGAAUCUUACAAUGUCAGUAGUGGAAUAUACAAUAUUCAACAGACAGCUGAAUACCCGCCUCAAGUUUUUGUCAGUGAUCCUCAAAGCUACAUGUCGAGCUUUGGAGGAAGCCAUGCUGCAUAUACACAUAUAGAAAGCGAUCCGUUGGCUCUUGAAGCUAACAACGAAACUGGUGUGUCGUAUGCUAGUAUUCUGGCUCAAGGAUUGUCAGCUGAACCACAUUUGAGCCAAAGCCGUUUGCAAAUGCAAACGGAGACUCAGCAGUGGUCUGUUUCACCUGCCUGUGAUGGUAAUAUAAUCACAGAUAGUGUUGAACGUGUAAGAGACAGUAAAGACAGAGACGAGAUUAGUAUGAAAGGAAUGAAGCGGAGUAAAAGUCCACUGCUAAGGAAUGAAAAUCGUAAUACCGGAUCUGAAAUUGAUUCUUCAGCUGAUCAAUUUGUAUCUGUCAGUACAUCCGAACCAAAAGUAAGUGAAAUUAAGGAAUCUGAUGAUGUAAAUACAGGAAAAGUUCAUUCAGUAAGUGAAUCUCUUAAAACAAAUAAAUCCCAACCCAAAACUAAAAAACAAAAGGGUAAAGGAUCAUCUCAAGUAUUAGAACAGCAUGAUAAGCUUGAUAAAACUUCAAAGCAAAUAAACCAAGACAACAAAACUAGCGGUGGUUCCAAAAAGGCAAAGCUAAGUAAAACAGAAGAAAAAGGUGUUUCAUUAGUAGAUAAUGAACAACCUUCUGACACAAUAAAGAGUGAAAAUGAAAUUCCCUUAUCAUCAAAUGCUGGAAAUGUUGGCAGUAUUGAAGAUAAUAACAAGGAUAUGGUGAUCUCUUCAGAAACUGAAACAAAUACAAAAGAUCAGAAUGAAUUCCAAAUUAGCAGAAAAGGAAAAAAGAAAAUGAAAGCAGCUCAUUCAUCUAUACAAGCGAGUGUUCAGCAACCAAAAACAACAACAGCUAAAAGUGAGAACAUAGUUCACUUAACAGAAGAAACUGUAUGUGAUAAGAAUAUUGAAACUUUGGUGGAUAACAAUAGUGACGAAUCUAGAUCAAAACAUCUAGAUAAAAAUAUUAAGGCUGAACCUAAAACUGACUCAGAACCUGGGAGAUCGUUGGUUGAAAAAAUUAAUCAAAAAGAGGAUGGUAAAAUUGAACAUACUACAAAGUCAAAAAAGAAGGGAAAGAAAGCAUCUGGAAAAGAUAAAAGUGAAGAGGUGCCACAUAAAACAGACCCUAAAAUUGAUAUACAGUCUGCAGAAGCAUCGGCUUUUGAAAACAGUCAAAAGUUGGAUGAUAAUAUUGAGUCUACUACAAAGUCGAAAAAGAAAGGAAAGAAAGCUGUUGUUUCUGAAAAAGAAAAGAACGAAGAGAUGCCACUUCAGAGGGAUGAAAAUAAUGAUAUAUCAAAACCAAAUGAACAAGAAACACUCCAGAGAGAAUCAGAAAUGGAUACUGAUGCUGUCCAGCCUUCUAGUUCAAACAAAAAGAAACAACCGAAAAAGAACAAAGAAAAAACUGUUGAUGUUGAAUUAAGUACAAUAACAGAUGUUGUAAAAGAUAAGAUUAAUACAGAUAUAUCUAAGGAAAAAGACACUUCCAAACUAAUGCAGGAUAAUUCUACAAAAAAGAAAGGGAAACACUCUAAUGAUAAUUGCAAUAAAGCACUAAGCUCCAAUGAUGUGUUAAUAAAUGAAACAACUCAAGACUCUGAAAAAAGCAAAGAAAGUCAUCUUAGAGACCAACCUAAGGACAUAAGCCAUGAUGAACAGAAUAAAUCCGAACAAACUGGGAAAAAGAAAAAGAAGAAGACAAUUCACGAUUCUACUUUGAAAAAUGCAGUUGAAACAGUUACUGUAAACCCAAUUACAGCUGAUGAAAAUAUUAUAACUUCUAUAUCUACCGAAAAACUUGAUUCUUCCCAUAAAGAAAAUGUUAGUCAGAAGAAAAAGAAGCCAAAAGAAGUAAUGAUGAAAAGUGAAGACAAUCUUUCUUCAAGUUUGAAGUCAUUUGUUGAUUCAGAAACAUUAGUUGGAGAGAAAAUCAAGAAACCAAAUGAUAAAGAAAAUGUAUGUGGUCCAACAAGACCUAAAGAUAAAUCUAAUGAAUUAAUAGAAGCCAAUAGUACUUCAUUGACUGUGGAUGAUAAAUCUGAACCAGAUAAGAAAAAAUCUAAGAAAAAUAAAGUUUCUGUAAAGGAACAUAAGACAGACUCUGAUUCCACUUUGACAAAACCAGUAGUUGUAGAAUCAAGUGAAUUACAAAACAACUCUGUCCAAGAAGUCUUAACUAAGGAAAUACCAAAUUCACAGAUGCAUAUAAAUAAUCAGAAAAAACAAAACAUAGAAAAGAAUCCUCAAGAUUGUCAUAAAAACAGUGAAACAGAAAAUCAACCUGGAAAAAAGAAAAAGAAUAAAGCCUCUAAAAAUAAAAUCAAUAACUCUGAGUUAGUAGAAAAAAGUGAUGAGAAUAAAUUAUCUUCAUGGGACCAAACUUUGGAAUUACAAGAAAGUCCUUCCACAAAUAAAGACCUUGAAACUAUACAGCAAACAAAAGAUAAUACAUCUCAUUCUUCUUCAAGAAAAGGCAAGAAUAAAAGUAAAGGCAAGGGACGUGCUGAAUUAGAUACUAAAGAAGAACACCCUCCAAAACAAAUUUCUUACCAAACUGACAACUCUUGUACAGCAAUUAAAAACACUGCUGUAUGUACUGUAACUUCCUCAGAAACUGAACUUAUUUUGAAAGAUACCCCAGAGAGUGUAUCAGAGGCUCCUGCAGCCGAAAGUAUACAGCAAAAUAUUGGGAAUGAAGAACCCAAAAUAGUUCAGCCAAAUGCAUUGACAGAAAAACCAGUAAAUUUAUCAGAAAAUGUAAAAAAGAAAGGUAAGUCUAAGAAACAUAAAACUGCUGAUGAUCUAAAUUCUAAACUUAACAAUGAUAGUACAAGAAAGCAAAAGUUUGAAGAAAUUACUAGCACACCCACUAACUCAGAUUGUGCUCCUGAAAAAGACACAGUUACACAGCACGUUUCUGAAGAACAACAAUCUUUAUUUGAAAGUGAAUCUAAUAUUAUUGCCAAAGAUGAUAUUACUCUUGAAACUAUCAAUAAAACUUCUAAAAUCAUAGACACUGGUAAUACUGUGGAUGAUGGAAAACCCGUAUUAUCUGACUCAUGUAUUGAAACAUUGCCCAUAGAUAAAAUAGCUGAUCAAAACCUUUUUUGUUCAUCAGAAGAAAUCAAAUAUGAAAAUAAUGACUACAAAAGCAUAUCUCAGGAUUUGAACACUAGUAAUGUAGCAAUGGAUAAGAAAAGUACUGGUGUAAAAACUAUUGACAGCUCCAAAGAAGUCCAGAAGCUAGAUAAUGUGCCAAGUGAUAAAAUGAAAAUUAUUGGUGAAAAACCAAUUAAAACCUCAAAUGAAAUUCAGCAGUUAGCUGUUGACAUCGUCGCUGUUGACUCAGAUAAAGAAAUUACUGAUUCAGAUCAUAAAGAUACAACAACAGAAAAUAAUCAAACUAAUGCUAUUGACAUACCUGCAGAUACAAAGUUUGAUAGUGUUCAAGAUGAUGGCCAAUCUUUUAGUAACAUUAUGGUUGACAUUAUUUCCAAACUUGAUGAAGCAAUUCUAAAAGCUGAUGCUGAAAUAAAACAAAAAGAAAAUUUAAGUGAUCAUGUUGAAGCAUCUGCACCUGAUCAGAAAGCAUUAGAGGUCCAACAGGUACCAUUAGAAACCAGUAUUGAGGAAACUCCUGAUGGUUUUAAAAGCGAAAUUAAAUUCAGUGUUGAAAGUUGUGAUAAUACAGGAGCUACGAAACAAAGCCACACAGAAAAAGGAGAAAAAGAACCUAUUCAUCAAAAUACAUCUUCAAAACCUCUUGCUCGAAGAAGUAGUAAAAAGGCAAAACCGCGUGAACAGAUAAAAAAAGAAACUACAAGUUUACCUAAAUCAAUUAUUGAGGGUCCUGGUGAACAACAAACUGAUACAUAUUUAGUUGCUGAUCAUACAACUGCAAGUAAGAGCAGUGUAGAGAUUAAAAGUUUUAAAGAUUAUAGCCCUAUAUUGGAAAUUAAUCAAAACCCAGUUAAUCAGAGUUUUGUGACAGAACCUACAAAAUCUAUAGAAAGGGAUGUGACUCCAAAAGCACAAAAGUUAGAUGAUCUGGAAACAGUAAAGAUAACCAAGCUUCCAGUUAGUUCGUUCAAACAAACAGAAGAAACAGUUAAUAAAGUAACUGUUGAAGACAGUGCUAAUCAAGUUACUCAAGUAGAAUCUGAUAUACAUGUUUGUAAAAACCCAAGUGAAAGUGAUUUGAUUAAACCAAUACUGGAUAGUGAAUCAUCCAACAAAGAUAUUGGUUCAACAAAAACCAAUGAUUAUGUAAUAAGUCAGACAGAUUUCACCACAGUAGAAAGUAAUAUCACAAGUUACACUAAAGAUGACAAGACUAACAAAAGCCUUGAAGGUUCUAAAGAUAUUGUUGAAAAAGCAUUUGAAAUUAAUGACAGUAAAAUGACAGCUUUAAAUUAUGAUACCCAAUUACAAAGUACUGAAGAGCUGUUAUCUGAAGGCAAGAAUGAUAAUCCUGUAAGCCAAGCACAAGUAAUCGAAUCCAUCGAUCUAGAACUGCAAAAGCAGCCAGAUAGUCUGAUAACUGACAGAAAGGUUACAGUACUUCAAGGAAACGAUUCAGAAAUGGUGAGUACUCCCCAAUCUAUCUCUUCAGACUCACACAAACUACCAUGUUAUAAUGAGGAAAAUCAAAAGAAAAGUGCUGAACAAGUAGUUAAAGAAAAAUCUAAAAGUAAAAAACAUGACUCAAAACAAAAAAACAAAAGUAAACAAAUAGUAUCUCUUGAAGAGAAUCCUUCAAAACCAACAUUUCCAGAAAACGUUUCAGUUGGUACAAAAAGCAACGUUAGCAGAAAAGAAGGAGUUAAGCCAGCUCCAAAGCAACAUCACGAAGAUCAACUUACUGUUGAAAAGUCAAAGGGUAAAAAUUAUAAAAAAGGAAAUAAAGUCAGUAUUGAUAAAGCUGAAGGUAAUAAAUCACAAGUAUCCACUGGAGAGAAAGAAUCCAGUUUAGUAGCCUGUAUUUCUGGAGAUACAAAUGAGAAUGUAAUUCGUAAAGAACCUGAGAUAAGUGCUGAAGCACAUUUAACUGACCAAAACCCCAAGAAGACUCUGAUUUCUGAAUCCAAAGUUGAAGUUAAAGUUGAACAUGUAUCUAGUACUGCAUCAGCACUUGAUUCACCACCCAUUGUGGAGAUUGAACUAGAUGAAAAAACUACAUUGAACGAGAUUACUGAGGAUGUAAUCAAGCCCUUUCUUAAACGAUCAUCACCAACAAGCUUUACCUUUGAAAAUGAUGAUACCUUUGUUGUUCAAGACAAACAUGAUGUAUUCAAUCAAAGUAAAGAAGAGAAGAUUUCCGUUUCAUCUGAGACUACACACACAGUUGAAACUGAAAAUACUGGCAAAAGUACUGAUCAAGGACAUCAGGCAAUGGCUUGUGACGUUGGUACUGACAAUAAGUCCAAACAACCAAAAAAGGCUUCUAAUCUAUCCAAAAGUCAUGAGGACUUGCCAAAUAAAAAGAAAAAAUCUUCAGAGCCAGGUAAACAGAAAAAACAACAUGGAAAACCCAGUGUGCAAAAAACUGAUUCUCAACAUUCCAUUGACCGAGUUGAAGUCAAAGAAAGAACAAAGUCGAAAUCUCCAGAAAAGCAAGAUCCCAUCUUUUCACCUUUAUCAUUUAUACCUAAAAGGGAAAAAUCUCCAUUGUUGGCCUUAGCUCCUCCCUGGAUGGCAAAAUUAGUUCAGGGUGAACAAUCAGAUAUGAGCUCAAUAAAUGAAAAUCCAGGUACUGUUGUAAGUAAUGAUUUAGCUGACAAAGAACAACCUACUAAAGAAGCUAAAAUUGCUUCAGAAGCCAUUGAAAUUGGUAUCUUUGGGUCUGUUAAGGAAAGAUCAAAACAUGUAAGCAUUCAGGAAGAGAAAACACUUGAAAAUGAAACCCCUAAAACGAAGCAAAAGAAAAAGGAUAAAUCACAACAUGAAGGAAAAGUAAAACUUGAAUCUACCAACUUGCAACAACAAACAGAUACUGAAAUUAUUCCACUUGGUUUGUCUCCCACUUCAGUUUCUACCACUUUACACAUUUCAAGCAAUGAAAAAUCUCCUUUAUCUGAUUUACCAGAGACUUUGAAACCAGACAAAAAUGAAUUAAGUGAAAAAUUAGAAAUAAAAGAUACAAUAACUGAACAAGUAUCUUUAAAACUACAAACAGAAAAAGACAACAAAGAAAAGACAUUUGACCCUGUUUCACUUCAAGAAUCUCCAAAAACUUCAAAGAGAAAUAAAUCAAAACGAAAGCAAGAAAAAGCAAAUGAUUCUCCAAGCACAGAGAAUAUAAUAAUAAUUCCAAACUGUUCAAAAAAAAGACCCAGAAAGACCAAGAACUCAGAAAACCCGGUCACUACUGAUAAAACUUUGGUACAAGAAAUCAUUAUAGAAAAAGAGAACCUUGCAAAAUCCGAACAAAAAGAUGAUAAUUUUGAAUCCCAAACUGAAAGCAAUAAAUUUGAAGAAAGAGAUUCCAUUCCUAAAGACGAAAUCACACAAAAAGUUUUAGAUGAUAGCCCAAAAACAGAAAGUGAAAAUUUGAACAUUUCAGAGUCUAAUGAUCAAAACAUUGAUAAACCUGAUAAACUUAGUGCAUCUAGUAUUGAAAAAGAAAUACCACUUGAAGAGAAAGGAGUCUUAAAUACUCAGGAAGGGUCCAUUAAUGCAAGUUCCCAAAUUGAUAGUACUGAUUCUGAAAACAAAGAAGACAAAACUGACAUGAAAGUUAUUUUAGGUGAACAGAGUGGAGAUGUCAGUAGUGAAAAUCAAAUAAUAGGAUAUUUAGAAUUAGUAACCCCUAAAACGGGAGCGUAUAAAUCACAUGCAGUAGAAUUGUCAAAGAAAUCAGAUAACAAAACAUGCAAUGGAAGUUCCAGUGAGACUUUAAACGAAUGUAAACCUGACAAUAAAAUUGAAAAAGAAAAUACAUUUCUAGCUACCACAAAUGAAAGUGGUUUUGAAGAUAAGCAAAGUACCACAGUAAAAACAACAAAGGAAUGUGACAUUUCAGAAAAUAAAAUCACAUUGUAUGAGCUUGAAAAUACUGAUAAAUCUUUUGUAAAAGAAACGCUAGAAAGUCCCAAGGGAGAAACUAUUGAUAUAUCAAAAACAUUAAAUUUUAACUUAGAAAAAAUGGGCACUUCCCAAAGUUUCAAAACAGAAAAAGAAGAAAUAAUCCAUACAAGAAACAAUGUAAAGGAUGAUGAUCAACAAAACACUUGUGAUAUGGAUAAAUCACAGAAAGUAGCAACAAACACAAAUAACACCAUUAUUGAAAAUGUAGUUCUAAAAGAAACAGAUAACAUCGAAAUACAAGAUUUUGUGCCUGAUAGUGAAAUUAAGUCUGGAUUAUCAGAUACUAACAAAACUCAGGAGGUAUGUUUGGAAACACUUGAAGACAAAGCUAAACCUGAAAAAGCUGAUUUCUUAGAAAAGGAACCAAAACACUCAACAAAGUCUUCUACAAGUACUACAUCCCCUGAGAAUGUAAAAUUUGAGUUAGAUCCCCAAGACCUUUGUGCUGGUGAAUCUGGAAUUAAAAGCAAAUUUGAUUUGGUUGUUGGAUCCGAGGUUGGAAUAUUAACAGCACCUACACCUAAAUCUGAAAUAAAUGUUAAACAGAAGAAGCAAACAAUCAGUGGACAACAUAAAUUACCACAAUCCAGUCAUAAAGAACAGUCUGCAAUUUUAACUGAAGAACUAUAUAUACCAAGGGAUAGUUUUGGUAUUGAAUCAGUUAAAGAAAAUGAAGUUGUGACUAAUAAUCCAGUUAUAAAUGUCCAUCAAGAGCCUUUCUAUUGUGAGGUUCCAAAAUUUUCUUUGUAUGAAAUUGAAUCUGCUGAAAGACACUGGCAUGAAAAUAAAAAUUCUGGUUUAGAUGAAUUAUCCCAAGAAAAUGAGGAAUCAAUUAAAAAUAAAGAAGACAGUAACAAAACUGAACUUGAAAUCAAAACGUCAAUCGAAAUUGUAGAGAAAAAUUUCAUAGAACAAACCCAAGCUGCUAAAUCAUGGGCUGACAUUGCAGCAACCGAAAAAAUUAUUAAGGAAGAAAAUACAGAAGAUAUUGAUAAGCAAUUUGAGAUUCCUUCACAAAAACCUUUACCUGUUGUAAUAUGUGUUAAUGAAGCUGAAAAUAAUCUUCCACUUAGUGAUAAUAUGGUGUCUGUAGAUCCUGAAGGGUUUAUGGAGUUUGUCCCAAAGAAAGAGAUUCGCAAGAGGAAAUCAAGAUCAAGAUCAAGGAAUAGAUCUGAAUCAGAACAACAAAGCAGUGAAUCUUUUGUGAAGAAAGUGCCUACAUAUGCUUCAACAGAAUUAACUGUCUCUGGGAGUGACACAACCAAAGUGGGAACGGCCACUGCCUUUGAAACAGAAAUACCUCUUUCACCGAAACUAGAUUUGAGUGAAACAGUAAAAACCGAUAGUGUUCCAAAAGGGGAAAACAUUAAACUAAUUACCUCAAAAGAAAGCAAAAUCCAAGAACCACCAAAAGUGUCAUCUAAACAGGUACAGUUGUUAAGUGUAAAAAAAGAUCAUACAAAGAGUCGUAGUCGUAGCCGAAGCCGUAAUAGAAACAUUUCAGAAAGUGAGAAGGAAGUUGAUGAAAUAUUACGAGCUUGGUCUAGGGAAGAAGUAUUCCAGCAAAAUAUUCCAUUAGAUGGAACAUUUUGGACAGACAAAUGGAAAUAUGACGAUGCUGAACGCAGUUUUUAUGAGUCUAUCUCGAACGGAAGAAACAAAUAUACGGAAGAAUAUGACAUGAAUUUGAAACGUGGAGGUGAUAAUAAUGAUGAUGAUGACAAAGGUCCAAAUAGUGGACCAUCUUCACCUGGGCCAAAGUCCACUGACGGGAAAGAUGGCCCAAGUAAUAAACCGGAUUCGGUGUUGGAAACAUUGACAGCGGACCUGCCUCAUGGUGUCGGAGCGUGGUCUGAUGCCAGCACGUACCUCUCACGCAAGGUGCCUCCAAGAGAGAAGUCGCCUAUGGUCAUCACAUCACAGUUUACCAAACUGACCAAGGUGACUCUAGCUGCCGACCUUGAGACUCUGAGAAAUGACCUCAAAGUUACAGAGGCACAGCUGAGGGACUUGCCCACAGAAGGGGUGGAUGCAAUGUUAGAUGCUCUUGUGAAAUGUGGAGGUGAUCUAAAGACCCACGAGUUAACGUCAGGCUGCAUCAAAGAGGGUGUCCUAGUGCUACCACAAGAUGAGGAGACUGAAGUUUUACAAGGAGAACUCAACACCAUCCAGCAGAGGAUCAAGGUCCUGCAGGAACAAGUAGACGCAGGAAAAGGGAAACUGCAGUCUACUCUUGACUCUAAAGAUCAGAGGGUGAAGGAGAUUGGUGAAUAUCGCAUUCUGCUGGAAGAACUAGAGAAAUGGCUUGUAGGAAUAAAUUUGAGUUUGGGAACCGAUCUUCUUCAAGAUAAUGUGGAACAACAAAUUGCAGUUCACCAGAAUCUAUUAGAGGAUUUGACUCAGCGACAGAAGCAACUUUCUGAACUGAGGUCCUCAUGUUCUAAACUCGAAAGUUUUGAAGACGUAAAAGAUUUAGCAACUGUUCUUAAUUCAUCAUUAACAGCAUUGGACACUGAGAUAAAUUCUGCAAAGAGUCUUACUCUUGACCGACUGAACUUACUUCAGGAUCUGCUCAAAGUUGAACCAGAGUUGGCAGCCCCUGUUCAAUCACCUUCCCCUGUUGCUGCUACUUACCCAGUAUUAAAAACUCCUGUAGAGUCUCCUGUACAUGAGCCUUCUAAAGAUGACACUAUUGCGUCUAAUGCUUCUCCCAUACCGGAAGAAGAAAUUGUAAUUCCCAGCCCUCUUCCAUUGGAUGUCGAAGAACCUAAACCUGAAUUAGUUCUGCAAGAUUUUGGCACUCAAACUGGCAGAAGUUUAACUUUAACACCGGAGAAACAUAUUCACACAGAGGUUCAAACCGAGUCACCUGUAGAAAAGCCAUCUGCUAUCGCAAUUCAGACUGAUAAUGAAGGAUGGAUUCCAAAAGAAAUUCAAAAAGGUAAAAUAAAAAUAUUGCAAAAGAUUGAAGGUGAUGAAGAAACCAUUGAAAUAGCAACCAAGACUAACGUUGAAAAUCAACCUUUGUAUAAAGUAUUAGACACAACCACACCAAAUGAUGAUUUAACAGUAGAGUUGAAGUACAAAGGAAAUAAAGAAGGAAUUGAACCAAUCAUGGCAAUGUCUGAACUAAAUAUUUCACACUUUGAACCACAGUCUUUUGAAACUGUAGUGGUAGAUCCUGGUGAGAGUUCAACGGAAGUUAUUGUCGAUGCAGAUGGAACUAAGCGAAUCAUUGUAAGGAAAACAAGGAAAAUAAUUUCACAUCAUCAAACUGUUACAUCUGGAACAAAUUUAGAGAAUAUUGAUAUGAAACCCAUUGCGUUUUCUCAAGUGACUCUACAACAGCAACAAAGGUCAGUAUCACACAAGCUGCCUGAUGGUAAAACUCAGGUCACUACUUCUCAGGGAUACACAGGACAGAUUGCUAGUGGGAGUCAAGGAGGAGACAUAACUGUGGCUGAGUUCUCAAACAUGCCUGGACAAGACAUUGCAACUUAUAAUACAAUACCUGGAGACUUAAACAUUCAAAACAUCUCUGGCGCAUUGCAGACUGCAGACUUUGAACUGCCUGAAUCUACUGGAGUUGGUGAAUGGGCAGCGUCUUCUUCAACUGUGAGGGCUGUUGUUCAUAAGGUGAGAAGAAAAAUAAUACGAAAAACAAAGAGGAUCAUUAAAAAAGUUGUCAUAAUUGAUGGAAAAGAACAUGUCACAGAAGAAGUUAUUGAAGAACCUGAAGAGGUAGAACUUUCUGAAGAAAGUAUUCCCAGGGUUAGUAUUGAGAUAUCCAAAGAGGGACAAGGUGGAAUGAUUAUUCAAGAGCCAUUUGAAGAGCCUGACCAGUCCCUUCAAGACAUUGGUGUUGAAAUUUCAGAAAUAGUAAGUGAAGAACAUUCAGAAAAAUCAGAGGGCAAGAAUAAUUCUCCAACAUUUAGCAAUGACGUAUUCGAAAGUAAUGUUAUUUUAGCACCAUCACCCACUGACAACGAAAAUGCAAAGGAACCGCAUGAUUUGUCUGAUAGUACGGCUAUAGUCACAGUUUCUGGUGAAAGAUUUAUCGAUAACACAGAAAAUAAAGAUCAUAAAGUUGUUGGCAAUUUAGAAGAUGAAAAGUUCAAGGAAAAAUCAGAGGUUGAAAGAAAAGAAAGUAAAACCGAAGAUGUCAAUCUUUUAUUUAUAGCAGCUGAAACUAUACACAGAAAACCUGUACAAGAGAGUGAACAAAAAAGUAUAAAGCUUUCUAAGGAAGAGAAAUCAUCUGUUCCUUCUGUUCAAAAGAUGUCUAAAAGUAAGAAAGAUAAACUUUUGGAAAGUAAAUUAUCAAAGCCAGGAGUAGAAGGAAAUAAAACAGACCAAAUUGAACAGUCAGAGACAAAAACCUUCAUCCCUGAUAAGGAAGACGUCAUCAAAUCAGAUCAGCCAAAACCUAGUGAUGUACUAGAUAGUCAUAUUUCAACAAAUACUGAUAAAACAGGCAAUAUCUCAAAAAUAAGUGAAAAACCAUCUACUCCUAAUCUUAAGGGUAAGACCAAAAAGAAAGAUAAGUAUCCUAAGGCAAAUCAGAAGAAACAAAUUGUUAGUGCUGAAAAAGAAUUUGAUGAAAUAAAAUUAAAGCAGAAAGGAAAAACACCAAGUCCUGAAAUGGUUACACCACCUAAACUUACCAGGGAGGAUGACUUUGUGAUGGAAGGAAAACCAUUACAUAGUUACGAAGAGACUUUUGGUAAGAGUGAUCCAAACUCAGAACCAAAAGAAGAAACUGAUAUUGCAGAUACUAACAAUAAAAAACUAACAUCUGCAAGAGUAAAAUCAUCAAGUCCCUACAAUCAAAAGCCAUCAACUUCAGUAACUGAUGACUGUUUAAAAGUAACCAAAAAGCCAUCUUCCUUAAGUCCUGAUUUGAAAAAAGAACCUAUUGAUACUUCAAAACCAGAGGAUGAAAAGCUUGAAGAUCAACCAACUGAGAAGCAACUAAAAAGAAAAGAAAAGAAACCUAAAACACCAGAUAGAAGAGAUGAUAAAGAUACAACACCAGAACAUGAAAUAAGAGAUAUACAACCUCCAUUCGUGAACAUAAGUAAGGCUAUAGAUUUAACAACAAAUUUGGAAAAAGAAAUUUCAAAAGAAUCUGUUAAUGAAGUUGUUGGAGUUCAACACAGUACUGGUGAAAGUGAAAUAUUCAUCCUAAAGGAAAACUCACAAACUUUAAAUCAGAACCAAAGUGAUGCCUCUGAUAAUCCUCAGGAGUAUACAGUUUGUGAAGACAGUUCAUCAUUUGUUGUAUCUGGUGAGGAUUUACAUGAUCCAAUAAAACUUUUAGAUGUUUCAUUUAAACAAGAUGAUAUAGAUAAGCAAACAAAAUCAAAUGACAACAGUGCAUUAAAUGAGUCUUCUGAAGUAGAUAUCGCAGAGACUACUGAUGAUGAAAGCAAAUCAAAGUCUACUCUACAGGUUCAUGAAGUAUCUGUGACAGAAAAAGAAAUACAGCCACUCCAGGCGGAAUCGGUGGAGUAUGAACUAGUUAAACAUAGCCAAUCACCUGAAUUAAAACAAGAAACAGUAAUUUAUCAGGAAAAACCUGACAUAGAUGUUGAUGGCUUAAGUAAUAUAGAGAUUGAGAUUACUGUUGGUAAACAAUUUACAAAUAUGGAUGAAAGUUUGCCAGUAGUAGCAAGUGAUACAAAAGUUGAACCAAAAAUGUCCAAAGAAAAGUGUACAGAAACAAUGGAAGUUGUAAAACAAAAGUCAGAUGUUAUUUUACCUGGAAUUGUUCAAAUUACUCAAGAAAUCUCAGAAGAAGUAGAAAUUAAUCCUUCAAGCAUAUCAUCAAAUGAAAACAAACGUAAAGUAAAGAAAGUUGAUUCUAUAUCCCCAGAUGAUUUAUCAACACCAACUUCUCUAGCAGAAUCAAUGGAGAUUUUAAUACCUGGAUCACCCAAUUCUUCAGACACUACAAAACCUACCCAACAGGAAAUGUUUGAAGCUUUAUCUCCGAAAUCCGAGAUUUCUCAACUUGACGAAAGUAUUAGAACCUAUGAUACUGGCUAUGAAGGUGAUGACAAAACAACUGUUGAUGAGUCAUCAGUAGUUGAAGAUGAAAUUACUAAGUCCAAAAAGAAAAAGAAGAGAAAACAAAAAAUCAGAGUUUUAACAGAUGAUCAAUCAAGCAUUGAACCAAAGUCUAGUGAUUUUGUUCCUUCGGAUGCUCCCGAUGAUAAAACAGUUAAUCUUGCCCUUAAAGAUACAAAGAAACCUAAAACCAAAAAACCAAGUAAGAAGUUGAAAGAAGUUGAUGUACAAGUAGCAGCUGCAAAAGAAGAGGAAAAUGUUGAAGAAUAUACAGUAGAUCUUAGUGAGGACUCUGUAAGUGAUGGCAUUGUUAAAAUAGUACAAGAAUCAAUACCAACAAGACCAUCGAGUGAGGCUGAAGAAUUUAAGUCAACCAAAGUACUCACUUCGGUUCCUGUUUUGGAACUUUUGCCAACACACUCUGAAUCUGUGCAAACUGCAACUCCAGUACCAGAAGAUAUAAAAACCGUUGAUACUGUUGAUAUUUCAAUGCAAGCUACUCAAGAUACUAAAGAGAUAUAUGCCCAAACAUCUACUCCUGAGUUAUCUACCACUGAAGUGUACAUACAGACCGCUACUCAAGACCUAAUACCUACUACAGAAGAGGCUGCUCAAACAACCACUCCAAAAACCCAAUCACCGGUUGAGACAAUAGAUUCAAUAGUACAAACAGUCAAAGAAGAAAUUCCAAGUCAGCAAGAGGAAGAAAUUCAAACCGAUGAUGUCAAGUUCACUUCAUUAGAUAAUAUUGACAGUGGCAUCCAGACAAUGGCUGAAGUACGUCCAGUUUAUCAUGAAGAAACAGUCCAAACAUCUCCUGAACCAGAAAAAGUUCAAUCUUCAAGCCAAGUUAUUCUGGGAGAUUUAAUAUUAACUGAAGAUGAUGAAAGCCAAACAGUUGAUCCUAUAGUUGCAACUGUCGAUUUAUCAACUCAGAUUGAGUCAUCUGAACUAAUUCCUACACAUGAUGAAUUUGUUCAGACUAUGAUGGAAGAAAAAGCACCGAUACCAAUAGUUCAACUUUCUGACAAACAAGAAGAAAAUCCAGAAUUCAACAAAUCAAGAGACAGUUCUGAAGAGAUAGUUGUACAAAAACCAGAUAUUGUGAAACCAUCACCAGAAUCCUUAAAAACUGUAGAUUCAGCAUCACAAACUAAGCCUGUGGAAUUUAAAAGAAAUAGUGAGCCUAUAGAAUCUCAAACUUCUGUUGAAGAAGCUCCUUUUAAAAUUGAAAUUGAAGCAACUGUCUUGUUUGGACCAGAUAUCGACUCAGAUUUGUCAACAUCUGAUAUAAGCAAAAGUGAUUUUACUGAUAAGCAAGCUCUUCAGAUCUGUGCUCCUAAAUCAGAUUCUACAGACAGUGAUAUUUCAUGGGCAUCACACAAGGCAAGAGAUGAUAAAAAGUCUGGAAAUGAUAAGAAACUGAAAACAAAGAAAAGAAAACAGGAAGAGAAAAUUGGUCAUGUUAAAGAUGAUGUUACAGAUGAAUAUAAGAAAGACAAAGUUGUUAUUAGUAAAGAUGAAAUCCCAAUAAAUCGUCCUGAUAUCAAAGCAAAAGUCCAGUUUGAAGUAGAACAGUACAGUUCUUCCUUACAACCUGAAUUAACCGCUGAAGUAUCUCAACAUAAAAAUGCAUCAGCACUUUUUAUUCAAGCUGAACUAAAGCAAGGGUCAGAUGUUGGUAAUGUAAAACAUUUACCUGGUUUGACUCAGACAGUGGAAUUGGAGAUGUCUUCAAAGUCAGAUAAAGAAACUCGUAAACCACCAAAAUCAGUUAAAGCAACAAAGAAAGAUCGUAAAAUACGACAUAGAUCAGAUACUAAAGCACUUCCAGAACCUUCUUUAGUUGAUAAACCUGAAGAAUUGAGAGGAGAACAUUCACCAGGUCCUCCAAUAAAAGAGAAAGAUACUUCACUUGAUUAUAAAAUGGCCCCUGAUAAAGAGCAAAAUAUUAUAUCUUCAUUUAGUGAAAAGGAGGAACCAGCCAAAAAUGUCCUUGUUGAAGGAACUUUGUCAACCCCUUUUAAUAAUCAAGAUCUUUCAUUUUCUUUACCUAGUAGUAAUGUUGAUAUUCAAUUUACAUUACACGAGAUGCCUGAUAAAACAUCACUAGAUGAGAGUGUUGUAUCAAAAGUGAAAAAUGCUUACGAUGAUGAUUCUGAUAUAAUUUCACAGUCAGUUAAAAGUUUAAGUUCAGGAAUCUCAUCACCAGAUGAAUUGAAAAUGGGAAGUCAAAUAUUUAUAGACUCAGAAGCUACGGAAGAUUCUAUUUCAACAUCACAUGAAUUAAAAACUAAUAAGGAUAAUUCAAUUUUCUCAGAUAAAAAGGAAAAAAGUAAGAAAAAAGCCAAAAUAAAAGACAUUAAAGGUGAUCAGAAGGCAAAACAUGAGAUGGAAGUAAGAGAGAUGGUAGAAAACUUGCCAGGAGAACAUGAGACUACUCCAGAGAAACAGUUAUCAAAAGGUAAUGAAGAAAAUUUGGACAUUCAAUGGAAAGAAGUGGGAAAUAUUUUAUCAGACCGAUUAAAACAUGCUCAACAUCCCACAACCACAACACAUAUUAUUUACUUAACAUCAGUGGAGCCAAAUGAGAUGUCUGUAGAAGAGAAAACAAAUCAGCUGGAAGAUAAAUUAGGAAAUCUUCAAAAUGCAAUCAAGAAACAAGACAUCACUGUCAUCCAGCAAACAAUGAUAGUGACAAUUGAAACUAUCUCCACCUGGUUAGAGACCAUCGAGUACAAAAUUCAACAUACCAAGCAAUCAACGUCACAUGGAACUGUGCCUGAGCAGAGGCUAGCAGAGCUGUCACAAUUACAAGAAGAGAUAGCACGUGUUGAGACAAGUGUAGCCACGUUGGAUGACAUGGUGGGCCAGACUGGCGUGUGUGGACAGGAGACACAGCAGAACAUUCGUCAUGUGAUUGGCACCCUGCAACAGCAAGCGGACGCAGUCAAUGAGACAGCCAGGAGCACUCGUAGCAUCGCAAAUAAAGACUUGGCCAGGUGGGAAGAAUUUUUGAAUGGAGUUAACAACAUCAAUGUGCUGGUGGAACAGCUGAGGUCAGAACUGGAAGAGCUUGUAGAAGAUCAAAACACUCCAGCUGUGUCAAAGCUGAAAAAAUUGGAAUCAAUAGAAGCAGUGAAUCGUUCCCACAAGGCCAAAUGUGCACUACUACUCAGCUCAGCCCACAGACUGCUGCGGGACUUUCCUGGACGGGAAAUCCCUAUGGAGACAUACACCACACAAGAUACUACGCAGCUGAUAGAACACAACAUAGGAGUAGAGCGGGAGAAGCUAUUGCAGUUGGUAGCCCUGGCUGAUGAGUACGAACAGACACUUAAAGAUUUCGCCCAGAUCACAGAUGUUGCGGAGGCUCUAGUCGACGGACCCAUUGUUGUCUCCAAUCUAGAACACUUGCAGGAGGAAAUGCAGAAACAUCGCAAAUUCUUUGUGAACCUGAGCCACUGCCGAGGGAUCCUGGAAUCUCUGGAAGGUCAUCUGGAUUUGGAGACAAGAGCUCAGCACUCAGCCCUGCACACUGAAUUGCAUCGGCGUGCCUCUAUGAUCUUGGACAAGGCUGCUAGUCGAGCCCAGCAGAUGGCGCUGGCAGCAUCGCGUUGGACCGUGUUGGAGCAAGGCAUGAAGGAGGAGAGGGGGUGGCUGCAAGUCGCCAACCAGCGAGUGCCAGACCUGUCCAGUGUACAGACCUCUGAUUACAACCAGUACAUCUCACUAUACCAGUCUCUAUCAACCGACAUCACGCUGCACGUUGCACGUGUCUCGCAACUGGUUUGUGUCGCACAUGGACUACAGGGUCUGGUGCAGAGUGAGAGUGGAGCCACCUACGACGAGCACCACGCAGCCAUCCUGGCACUCCAGGCCGAGGUAAACACAGAGUUGGGCCGAUUGCUGUCGUUCCGAGACAGUUGGACAUCUUACGAGCUGCUGUCAGACAAGCUGGACGCUUGGGUGAAGAGCGUACAGUUGGAGACCAAGCCGACCAACAUGCGUCAGUUCUGGGAGCUGAAGGCACAGUUUGAGCUUCAUAAGCACGUGCGGGAUGAGGCGGCUAAUCACCUGGACACUGCUCUCAGAGUGAUUCCCGUAGCUGAUGAGACGUUGCAGCGACAACUGCAAGCUCAGCUACUCGACAGGUGGAAUGCGCUGGAAGCUCGGCUGGAUGGCAUGCAGGCAGUGGCUUUGGAGAGCCUCAGUGUGGGGAGUGGUUCGCUGGAGGACAAGCUUGCAAGAUUGGAGAGAGAACUCACAGAACUCGCUACACUGCUCAGCGACAUGCAUGGGGUCAUCAGGACAGAAGAGGAGCUGCAAUUGUACAUCGAGAGACUACAGGUGAUGCGAGGCAGUGUGGAGUUCCUGAUGGAGAGACUUGGGUGUCUGGGGCUACUAUCGGCAUCAGAGUGCGACCGCGUGGGAGCACUGCUGGCAGGAGCGCGCACGCUUGAGCUGAGCCUGCGAGAGGAGCUGGAGGGGGCGACAAUACUGAAGGACAGACUGGGGACACUGAGACGUGGCACCGCGCGAAUACGCAGGGACCAGCAGCGUGCAGCGUCUGUACUGGACCAGUGCGAGGCCAGUAUCAACCAGAGCCAGGACACGGUGCAGCAGGCCCUCACCAACUGCCAGGGAGUGGCAGACGCACUGGCCACACAGUGGGGAGAACUCAUGUCCCUGCGCCAGCUGCUGCACACACUGCCCAUGCGGCUGCGGCUAUCCGUGUCUCCGGUGCCGAUGGAACGUGAGAUCGCUCAACUCCAGGACACUCAUGCUGACCUCUCUGCUCGCUGCAAGUCUCUCAACAACAGUCUGGUGCAGCGACUUGCUCUCUGGCGCAGGUUCUACAGUCAGCUGGAGCUGGUGCAGCAGUCAGUGCGGGAGACCGAUUACAUGAUGGAGAUCCUGGCAGUACAGGGCCAGGUGGACUAUGAGCGUCUUGUCAAGGCUACAGAACGUUUGGAGGGACUGUCGGAGUCACUAGGAGAGCGCGAGACUCAGGUGGAAGACCUGAGGUCAGCCGCCGAGCCGCUCCAGGCCUCCUGCAGCCCUGAGGUGGCCAGGGAGAUCGAGGCCGCGGUGACCGAGGCCGUGACUGCCUGGCAGGACACCGUCACCUCACUGCAGGGCCUGUGUACCCGCUACCAGAACGCCGUCCAGCUGUGGAAACAGUACAAGGAGGCGAGUCAGGCCCUCAACCAGUGGGCGGACUCCGCAGUCGACGACGUGGACACCCUGGACCCUCGGCAGGCCAUCGGACAUGUCAAGGUGUGCGAGGAGCGGCUGGCCGAGCAGCAGCAGCGGUUGGCAGAUCUGCAUGCCCUGGUUGCGCAGAUAGCCGCAGACGUGGGCCUGGACGCAGACUCUCUGCUGGGACCUGAGGUGGCUGCCCUGGGACACAAGCUGGAGGAUGUGCGCGAGUCCUUGUCAGCACUGGUGGAGGCGGCCGAGGACAAGGUGCAGCACCAACAGCUCUGCACGGAGGAUCUCCAACAGGCCAAAAGCUUCCUUACCACCGUGCAGAAGAGCCUGGAGGCAGUGGACUCGUCUGGCGAAGAAGGAACACUGGAACAGCUGAGUGCCCUGAGGAACCACCUAAUAGCCCUCGGCAAGACAGAUGGCCAGAUACAGGCUCUGAGGGACAAGACCGCAGACCUGCCUCCUGGCAAGCAGGACAUCUCUGUCAUGGAUAUACUGCAGCUGUGGCAGCAGGUGUUCCGAGAGACAUUCCAGCAGUACCACCGUUUGUCCGCCCGUUUGGUUCGUGACCAGGACGGGUUGGCAGCACUGGGACUGUGGCAGGAGUACCUGUUACACGUGCAAGCUUUCCUUUCUUCGGCCAUACCUGAUGACUACACGUCUCUGUCUGAACACCAAAAUUUGUGUCAGGUACAUCAGAAUCUGCUGAGCAGCCAGCAGUCCCUGCUGCUGAACAAGAGUGAGCCUGAGGCCACGAUGGAGCUGUCCGUAGCCGAGCAGUUCAACAGUCUUACCAACCUGCACAAUGAGACACUGGCUCGUAUCAUGGAGCGGGAGGCUCAGGUACGGAGCCGGAUGAACAUUUGGGAGCAGUACCGCAAGGACCACAAGGCUCUGUUGGCCUGGCUCCGUGAUGUUGAGAAGGACAAGUCAAGACUGAGACUGCGAUACAUGCACAUGAGAAUGAUACCGAAAACUAUUCAAAGGAUACAGACACUUCUGGACAAAAUACCCAGUGGCGAGGACAGAGCAGAAAAAUUAAGCGCACAACUGACACAACUCUGUAAAUUCUGUGAUGAAACAUUGGCAACAUCCAUUAAACUGGAACACACAGCCGUUGUGGAUAAGAUCAGCAGUAUCCGAGCGGGGUUGAAGACUUGGCUAGGGUUCCUUGUGGGACUGCAGGAGCUGACUGACCGGUAUGAACAAGAGGUGGAGUCUGCUCAGCGAGUGUUCAGCGAGGUCCAUGCGUCUUUGGAGACUGAAGCCACAGACGGUACGGAGGCAUGUGUGCCAGUCAGCUUCCACCGCAUACAGCAACGCCUCGAUGUCCUCAAGAAAGCCAAGGAGAGAGUGUCUGGACUGACCAAAGAUCUCGAACUGCUGGGAGUGACGCAAGAGCAACUAAAGGAUUCACUGAAUCCUGUGGACAUGAAAACUGUCAACCAAAGGGUCUGGUUAUUAUGGCAACAACACGGUGACCUUGAACAACAGCUGGACAUGUUGUGCUACCAACUGGAGGACAAGCUGAGGCUUGGCCAGAUGUUUGAUAAGAGGCAGGAGAGGUUCCUGACAUGGACAACGGGUGUGGGGCGGCGGUUGGAGAGCCUGGCAGUGAGCUGCGGAGAGCCAGAAGAGGUGCUUCGGAGACUGGAGACUGAGCUGGAGGCAGAAGUGGUGCUGAGGCGGAGAGAGGUGGAGUGGCUGCGGGGGGCAGGAGCUGAGCUGGUAGAAGCGGAAGGGCUGGAGGCCACACCUCGCCGAGCCGAAGUCAAGGCAAGAGUCUCCGCUGUGGAAGAUGCCUGGGACAAGGUGCAGCAGAUGACAAGUGCUCGUGCAAACAAGUUACGACAGAUCAUCGAGGGGAUGAGUGUGCUGGAGCAGAGGAUGGAAGUGCUCCGCAGUUGGCUGCACUGUAUAGAAGUUCAGUUGGCAACACCCGUCAUCCUAGAGACUUGUACAGAGGCUGGCCUCAACAAAUGCCUGUCUCAUCAUGAUGCUCUCACCAAGGACAUAGAGCAGCACAGCGGACCUGUUGGUGAUGUGCUGAACCACUGUGAAGUGCUGCUCAACGACUGUGACUCAGCAAAUGUACAACUGAACACCGAUGGCAUCUCCACAGCCAUGCAACUCCUCGAGCGCAGGUGGAAAAAUGUGUGUGUGGUAGUAACGGAAAGGAAGGCACGGCUGAUGUCUACCUGGCGGCUACUGCAGGAAGUACUGCGGUUAUGUGAGGAGCAGACAGAGUGGCUGCAGACGCAGACUGACACCCUCGACAAUGUCCAAAGGCAGACGGACUGUUUGCAGCUACAAGCCUUGCCCACCCUCAUUGGAGAUGUUGAGAAAGUGAUAACGGAGGUAGAGUGUCGACGGCCAGCACUGGACCUGCUACAAUCCUCGUACACCACCCUGGCCACGCAGAGCUCACUGGACAAUCUGACAGCGGAGGUGCGUGGGCGAAUAACCGAGUGGUCGACCUUGCGUACACGGGCAGACGAGCUACUGGCCGUACUGCGUAGCAGACAGCAACGAUGGCGCACAUUCACAGAAACUCAGGGCGCAGCCGUAUUAGCUCUCACGGAUGUUGAUGUGCGGCUCACACAGAUAGAUCUACUGGAGACUGACAAUGUUGAUGACAGUGACCUUGACACGCACAAGAACAAACUCAAGAGGUUGCUGGUCCUGAAGAAGGAGCUGGAGAGUCACGGAGAUCUGCUCAAGACGGCAGACCUACUCGGACUGGAGGUGAUGAAUGGCUGUGUGCCUUCGGAUGUGCCCAAAGUACAGCAGCUGGUCGAUGAGUAUCAGCUGUUGUGGAAGGACAUCACAGAGCGCAUGAAGCAACUCAUUGAUGCCACCAAGGAGGAGUGUCGCAAGAGAAAUGUUGUCAAUGAGGAGGUGCAAGUGGAAACUUUGAAGUUCGAGACGGAUACGUCAGUGCAGGUGAAUACCCUGCCAGCACCACUGCUGCGUAGAGACGCAUACAUCUACGAGCUACAAACAGCCAUACGUGAGUGCAAUGCCAACCUCGACUCCCUUGCCGCGCUUGAUAAGCUCACCACACAAAGCGCUGGCAAGUGUGUGGCUGCUUGUCAGUCCAGUGUGGACCUGGUUAGACACCUGAGUGGACUGCUGGUGGAGCAGUGUGGAUUGACUCCGGAAGAAGCCUGCAGCAAGCAAGUAGAGACGCUGGUGACACGUUAUCAGCAGUUGCUGGCUCAGAAGCAGGCCACAGACAGAGAAGACCAAGAAGCCAGGUCUGCUCACGAGGAGUCCUACACAUUUUAUUGUAUACAUGAAUCAGGCCGGUUCACUUGCCCUCUGUGUACUCGCCGUAACUGGAAGCAGCUGGAUAAUGACCUCUGGAGGCUCCAGAAGUGGCUGGAUUAUGCAGAAGGCACUCAAGCGACACAACAAAGUCCUCCCUCCAACAUCAAUCAACUGGAGGAAGUCAUUCAAGAUUACAGGGAGUUUCUGCUAGACCUUGACAGUCACAAGUCUUUAGUGGUGUCACUGAACAUUGUGGGCAAGCAUCUUGCUGAGCACACAGAGGAUGAGGCACGGGCUCACGAGAUGACAGAGAGACUCGCGGAGAUCAAUCGCCGCUGGGACGCUGUCUGCAACACUGCUGCCACCUGGGAGACUCGGUUGCAGACCGCACUGUUGCAGAACCCUGAAUUCCACGACACAAUAGAAGAGCUUGUCCAGUGGCUGGAACAGACAGAGGUCACCAUACAGCAGAUGGAGCCUGUCGAUGUGGCCGACGGACUUUCUGUUAUAGAAACAAAGUACAACAAAUUUAAGGACCUGCGCCACGACCUGGAGGUGUGCGAGCCCCGCGUACUGUCACUACAGGAGGCAGCUAGUCACCUGCUGCGUCACAGACAGACAGAGGCGGACACCAGUGCCUGUGAGCGCCUCACACACUUGCGCCUGCGACUUCAGAGCCUCACCAGGCUUACUGACUCGUACCUCGUCAAGUUGGGAACUGUGCUGGGCAAGGACCCACUCACACAUACAUCCCUCGCCACCCUCUCCCACGAGCUGUUGGACCAAGCCGCUGGUGGAACCGUCAGUUCUCGAUCCUCCACUGACCAGCUACACUCAAACUGUGAAGGCAUAGUGGACACCAGCGUGUUGGCGCGAGGUUACCGUUUCCUGGGGCGAGUGGUGCGUGCGUCGCUACCGAUUCAGGCGCUGAUGUUGGUACUACUGGGCGUCGCAUCGCUCGUACCUAUCACCGAGGAGGACUUCUCGUGCGGCAUAUCCCGCACGUUCGGGCCGACCCUACGUUACAUCAACGGCCCACCACCCAUGUAGACUGAUUCCUUCACGACUUGACUACUUCUACCGGCUAUGACUCUAUGAGAUAGAACAAAUAGGCUGUGAUACAAUGAUACCUAACCUAACAUUCUCGGAUAAUUUAGUAAAACUAUUUUUUUAUUUCGGAUAAUGUACCACUGACAAAACUUAACAUUGCCAUCUAAUCAUCUUCCAAGGGUAAGGUUGUUUUUUAUUUAAGAUUUUUAUCUCUAGUUGUAGUUCUUUUCGGGGUCUGCUAAUAAAUUAAUUUGUACUAAUGUUGUAAAUUGAACAUGUAUUUGUUUUGUAUAGCUUAAAAAAGUAAUUGAAACUAUUUUGUAAAAUUGAUAACUAUUUAAAGUGUAUUGUAUUUGUAUUAGUUUACUUUUCUAUUUAUAUUUUGAUACGCUGUUUUGAGCUGACCAUUUGUAGACUUUCAACUGAUGUGGGUGUGUGAUACAGAGGUGUAUUUUUGUACGAGAGUCUCGAAGAGGCGUAAAUAUGUGGAACAUUUACACCUCGACGACGACAUCUCCCUGACGACCAGAACUAAACGAAACGACUGCCCUCACACAACUUGUAAUCAGAUUACACAGUUGGUUUUGUUUCAUUUCUGAUCCUACUUUUUGAGAGUCAGUCCCGGUCCUAAGGGCCAUCUUUAGUGCCUGCUCACUAGGAGAAAUCUUGUUAAUAGGUUAGUAACUGUUAACCCACAGUUUGAAAAUUAGCUUUUUCAAUUUUCUUUAUAGAUAUAAUUUUUCCUAUUAUUAAAAAUAUUCUUGGAUCUGUAUUAUUGCAGUUGUAGGGUUGACAAAAUACAAACUACAAAGUUAUCUGUUAGUU